CAAAAAUAUAUAAUUCGUGUUAACCACUACAUAAACGCAUUCGGGAUGAACACGAUUGUUUUUACGUCGUUUUCAUAGAAAAUUCAAGGAACUGUGCACACAUUUAAAAUGUUUGAACGUACAAUCGUAUUGUCUAUAACACGUACAGUAUAAAUAAUGUAAUACGCGUCAUGUGAGUUGACAACGAAAUAUUUUGUGAAUAGUUUUCCAAUUUUGUUUUUGUGCCGUUAAUUUCAAGAGUGAAUCGUCUUAGUGUCGAACUCAACGAUAGGAACGUUGAAUGUACAACCGCGUCGGAUGAUUUUAUUUAUUUUUUUUUAAUUCAAUAUUUUUAAUAUUUAAGCGAGAUACGAGAUAUUUUUAUUAAUAUUAAUAAUAAUUUUUAUCUAUUCAAAAUAACACGGGUUUAAAAACGCCUCAAUGUGUAAAUGAUGGCCGAUAGGUCAUUUCACUGUAAAUAUUAUAAAAACAGCGCGUUGUCGUGCCGGUAACUGUACGACCGUGUCGCACGUUCGUGAACAACACAAACAACACGUAAUGUGCGGGUCGUGUAAUGGCGGGGGGGGGACCGGUAGAUUUUAUACUCGGGCGGUUUAUUUCACACGUAUAAAGUUUAACGGAUUUUUCGAUAUCGUACGUCGCGCCGCACGUGUUUGCUUCUGGCAAACGCCGCCGUGAUCCGUCCGGAUGAAAAGAGACCGCGGUGUGAAAAUCCGUAUAGUCGCGCGUCGUCGUACAAAGUGCGCGCACAUUAUUGUCCCCGCGACGUUUUUACAUUUUGGGUGUACGCUCGUAUUAUAAUGUUUUAUUUUUCCGAUUUCAUCGGUCUUAUUUGUGUUUUGUGCGCGCGUACGAUUUUUCGCCGGGUACAUUCCGAUCAAAACUGUGAGAUUUCGCGAGAAUAAUAAAUAAAUAAAAAAUUACAACGACAUUGUCAAAAAAGGCGUCACACGUCGCGCAUGCAGUAAGUAUAUUUAGUAAAUCGAAAGGAAUACAAUACGACGGUGCGCGCGAAUCUCGCGGAAUAUAUCGGUCCGAGGACGAUUCCAAACGCAGGGUUCUCCGGGUGACGAUAGGUUUUCGCGCGAACCUAUUACCAUUAAACACGGAUAACAAUUACGGGUCGUCUCUAAUAAGGGCCGUUCUCGCCAACCUAAACGUUGAUUUUUGAACGGAGUCUGGCGAGGCAAUCGACCGACCGCAUCGGUGGUCGGCGGCCAUAAACUCGGUUUAAAAAUCAUUUUGCGCCCACGAGAAAAUCCAGUAAUAUCUAUCGCACCGUAAUAAUUUCGACGAUUUUUUGCCCCCCCCCCUCUCUUAGGAACGCAAUUUGACGGACGCCCGGCGAUUGUUUGAGGUUGGCCGAUGCGGUGUUCGGCGGCUUGCUGGGCGGCGGUAUGGCUCCGCCUGCAGGCACGUCGUCCAUGUUGCGGUCCCGGCGCCGGGAUGCCACCCUCAAGCCGAACCGGACGCUGGACAGGAGCGCGUCCCGGGGAAUGCUGUACGAGAACGAGGAGCUCCGGUUGCGCACGAUCAAUAUCAACGCCGAGGUCGAAAAAGGUACACACGUAAAAAUAUUCAUAAUAACAGUAACACGAGAGACGGGAAGGGCUGAAUCAGUUUUUCGUCAAAUUUGAGGUUAGCUACUGGAGAUGGUACCCGACGAUGUUUCCCGUGUGAAAUUUUGUUCAUUUUACUCAUUUUCGUUUUGACCGCCAUACGACACGCAUAUAUUUACGAAUCUAUUGGUUAAUCAAUUACAUUAAUAUAACGUUAACGCUGAACCGUAUUUACGAUACACUUGAUUUAUGGUCCAAACUUCCAAAGUCUUUCUCCGCAACUCAACAAGUGCGUCCAAUUAUGAAACGUUUCAAUUAAAUUAUAGGGAAAAAAUACAAUGGCAAAUAAGUAACAGGUUUUGCUUUGUUUUUUUAUAAACGUUUACGCUGUUUAGAAUUACAUAGGCUUUAAUUUAAAACACCCUAGUCGUUAAAAAUUGUACUUCUGCCAGCAGUUUUAAUAAAUUAAAAUUAGCCGAAAACCCGCGUUCACAAAAACGGCCGAUUUGUUCAUCCCUUUUGCCCCUCGGGUCGUAUAAAGUUCAGAGUUUUGUAGGCAAUAAAUUAUAUAAUAUAAUAUAAAAUAUUAUGAUUCUAAGUGAGGCUUCCUACGAGUAUAUAAAGUACACGCACGUACAGUGUGCACGGGUAUACUUGUAUUUACGCGACCUGUGUAUUUAAUAAUACGUUCAGGGAUAAGGCACAUUAUUUUUCCAAUUUUCGAAUUCCGAUAAUACUUACCGGACCAGAUAAUACUAUGUUAUCUUUGUCUAUUAUUAAGUACACGGGUUUCAUAAUUACACUUGUAUCCGUGUAUUUAAGUACACGAGAAAUCGUAAACCUUAAUGCAAAGGAACGUGUUCACGGUGAACUGUUUAAGUUGAACAUAAUAUAAUAAUAAUAUCUUUACAAGACGUAGUCCGCAUGUGAAAAAUCUUUACUGAUUUCGAGGAGAAUCGUAUUUAUUCGUAUAAACCUCUAGUCCCUACUACAGCUAGUCAAUGAAAAACUACCGCGGGGUCAGAUAAAGCAGAUAAGAAAUAGAAAAACGUAACCUACUUGCUGGUCCAAACAAUGUAAAGCGCCAAGGGAGUCUGUGUCAUAAGUGUAGACCUAAAACGCAAUUGAUGAACAACCACAAUAGGCUUAUAUUAUACAUGAAGUACGGAAUGAAAACUGAAAAGAAAAGCGCAAAGAAUUUUGUCUAUUUGGUCGUCGGGUUCGAAUCCAACAACACUGAUUAUUAAGGACGUCGCGUUAAUCCUUUGAGGAGUCAUCAGAACACAUGAUAAGUCGUAUGCUGAAAAUCGUAAAGGCGCCUACUUAAAACGGAUAAUCCGGCGAAUUAGAGCAUUCCGUUUGAAUAUGUGGCUGGUUUCACGUUGGGAACGUUAAUACGCGACCGGAACCACGCUCGCGAUUAUGGACCAAAUGAACGUUGGCUCGCACGGAUUAACAGCUACGGCGCGGCGGAUACUCUCGAUGUUAACCGCGAACACCCGUGUGAUCGUUUGCCAAAAAAUUCAUCACGCUCACUGUGACAUAUUCACGUCCAAACCGCUUAGAAUAAUAAUUAUUAUUGCGUCAAAACAUUCAAAAAAUCUCCGUCUAUCCUCCAUUUCUCACCCGUCCGCAUCUCACACGACAAUAGUUACACACGUCGAAUUGUACGAUAAAGACUAUUAUGAAAUUUUGCCUAAUACAGAGUGUAAAAUAAUAUUUUUUUCAAACCGAUUCGUUGACCCAUGAUAAUAUGUUAGAGUGCGCUAUUGAAGUCAUAAACAUAUAAAACAACUAGACAACCAUCUGGCAUAUACCUAAGCGGCAAUGUUUACAUUUUUAUAUGAUACCUCACGCUAUUUGAUAAGAACAAAAAUUAACUAAUUGAAAUUUCAAAUUUGAAUAACAAUUAAACAAUAAAAAGUUUAAUGAAAUUAAUACUAAUAUUCAUAGUAGUAAUUGUUAUUACUUUUUAGGUAAGUUUGUAAAAUUAUUAAUUAAAAUGUUUGUACGACCAAUUUACUGAUUUUGGUAAAUCUCGAGUGGUUUUGGAUUUAAUAUUUGAUUACCUUCACAGCAGUCCACAGUUUGACCCUUGUGAGGUGGGCUGAUACAUAAUACUCAAAUUGUGGGUACACCACUCAUUGUAUUGUAUUUGAUUUGGAUAUUAUAACAACCAUACACAACAUUACACGAAUAAACCAAUUAAUAAAAUUAUAGCUUAUAGGUACUAGGUAGUUAAAUUUUUAAUUUCAAAAUAAAAAAAAAAAAAACAGUUAACUACAGCGGUCGGCGGGUCAAAACAUUUAAUCCUCAUUAUCAAUAAGCGGUGUCGCAUAAAAAUAUAAACAUUGUCGUUUAGGCUAAUGGCGGUAACAACCUCAAAACAUUGUAUACCUAUUGUACAGUAGUCGGCUAUUUAGUUGUUUUAUAUGACUAUGAUUGGGAUAUACUUAUUUUUUUCUAAGAAGUUCAUCAGACUCAUAACUUAAAUUAAUAUAAUAAGGAUAUUAUCAAAUUGUACAUGAAUUUAUGGUAAAAUCAAAUUAACCAUUUGCAAAUUAAGGUACACAAAAAAUGUAAUAUUUCACAGAACUUUAAAAAUUGUUUAAACAUAAUUGACUCAACUUCAGUAAAAGUUUCUGACACUAAAAUUUUUCGAAAAAUCGGAUUUAAUAAAUGGCUAUCUCGAAUUUUUUUUUAAAAAAAAUUUAUAUAUAGUUUUCCAUUUUUAUUUUGAAUUCUUGACUAAAUGAUAUUUAAAUAAUGCACCAAUUUUUUAAAAAUAUUCGAUAGGAAAGAAGUUAGUCCUGUUAUAUUCUGUGUAUAUGUAUAAUAUUUAUAAUGACACGUAUUAUUUUGUUAUGUUAUGAUGUAUCGUCAAACACACGAGAUAGACUACAUUAACAAUAAUUGUUGAACAUGUUCAUGUCAGAAUAAUAUUAACCGAUCGUUGAGAUAUUUGAGAAAAUCUCCCGUUAAUAUAUUUUACGGACAUCAUUUUCUUAGGAAAUUUUAUGUCAGUUGCCCGGUUAAUAAUAUCUUCUUGUUUAACAGAACACAUACUACUAUAAUAAUAUAAAGCCAAACAAAUUUACGAACAUAACACGUCUAAUGAUUGAUCAUUAAGUAUUAGUACGAAUAUGAAAUUGCCAUUUUUCUUCGUUCAGAACGAAUAUUAUUUUGAGUGUGUUUACCUAUGUUUGUAUUAAAGUUUGAAAAAAACAUGUCAUUCAUUUAAACAUACAGCCACGAACCACGAAGUGAUUAUUUUAAUUAAUUUGGUCCAAAAUUGAAUUUUAAAACAUUUUAAACGUUGAGUGGACAUACACCGCGUGCGGUUUGUUGUAUUCUGCAGUGCAGUCUGUAGUAAUAUAAUUGAUAUUUCGUUUAACUUUAAUCCAUUUACACGCAGGAAAUGCCGAAUAUCAAAAACGAAAUGCCGCGAUAGGUUAACCGAAUUACAUGGUAAUAAUUAUGUUUUGUAUAAACGAAUAUAUGAGAAUAAAGAGAAAAUUAAUUAAUUUCAUGCAUAGUCGCAUUAUAUUCCGUCGGUUCAUCCACGUAUACGCUUUUAUAACGACUUCUCUACGGCGGGGCGUAUGAAAGAUAAAAAAAGUUAUAUCUGUUUUUGAUGUAAAUAAAAUGUCAAUAUAUUCCCGACAGUCAGGAAUAGUAACAGCCCGGCUAUUCUUAUUUAGAAUAAUAGUCGAAAAUACGAAAUUUGGAUUAUUAAACGCAUUUAACUUUUCAACGCCUUAGGAGUAGAAUUUAAAAAAAAAAAAAAAAAACGACUUUGAUUUAGUUGUCUCCUAUGUCGUGUAACCUGAGCUAACCUAACCUCCGACGAAAUUUAAAUUACCUACACCCAGCGGUUUGGGCUGUACUCACACGUUGAUAUGUCGGUCUAUUCUUUUAUACGAGCGUAUAUAGAUUUGAUAGCUUUCGUCGGAAUAGAAUUUCGACAAUUUUUACGGCAUAGGAUUUACCAUAUAGUCUCAUUAUUAUUCCCGUUAUAUUUGAUAUUAUAUUAUUUUGUAUAUAAUACAUGAGAUACAAUAUUGUCACAUACAUUUUGAACGGAACGUAUAAUUCGAGAACAAAUAACCAAAUUUCAUAAAAUUACCGUAAAUCACGUUAAACCGCUCGUGCGAAAUAAAUUAACAUUUUGAUUUAAAUAAUAUAAAUAUUUUACACUUUUACACGCAUAAGUAGGAGGUAUAUAGCCGGCGUAUAUAAUGACCCGAACAAUUUAUUAUAACUUUCUGAAAAUGUUAUUAUUAUUUGUAUUAUUUACGCUCGUACUUUCUUUUGAUGCGAAACAACGCAUUUCGUAAAAUAAACGUCAGAAAAUAGUAUAAAAUAUGUUUUUUAAGAAAAAAAUAAAAAAAAAGUCAAUCGAGUGUAAAGAAAAAGUUUCUCGCACGUGUGGGAUGCUGCCAUUCGAAUCGACCGGAAACGCAACAUAACAGCUGGUUUUUUUGGUAGACGUUAUUGCUUAACAUUUGAGUAAUCCCCCCCAGGUUUUUAUUGUAAAAGUAAAUAGACGAAAUAAAGUUUACACAAGGUAAAAAAAAUUGUAAAAUCAAUGUCUUAUAUAGCUGUAAGUUUAAUAUAAAUAUAAACAUCCCAACCAUUAUUAAUGAACCUAUACCUAAUUUAACCUAAUAUAACCUAACCGUAAUUUAACGAUUAUCUAUACUUAUAAGUAAAUUAUGUAUACCUAUAACCUAUAUUGUAUUUUCCAAUAAAAUUAUCGAAUUUCUUAACUUAUUAAGUCGUUUAAAUUUUGUAAAUAAUCUCAAAAUGUAUGUUUUGAUAACCCCGAUCCUCCUAAAAAAAAAAAAAACCAGUCUAAGACAGCCGAGAUAUUUCGUGGGUAGUUUAUAUUGUAUUAGGUAAUCGUGUAGGACGUAGGUGAUUUUGCUCAUCUCUAAAAACAAAAAUAAUUAGGAAAAAUAUUACCAGAUGAUAAUAAUUUAUUAUUAAUAUUGUUUAUAAUAUUAUGUUGAUAACUCGUUUCAGGCCAAAAUUAUAUAAAGAAAUUACGGAGGGAAAACGAACAGCUCAAGAGAGAGAUAUGGAAUUUGAGAGAAGAAUACGAGAGAUUGGAAAAUUAUGUAAAAAGCCGAGAACAAUCGGAAAACGAAGAGGUAAUUAUAGAAACACUAAUUUUUAUAUUAACAAAAUUUUUGCGAAAUAAUUUAAUUUGAAUACGUUAACAUAAAAUAAUAUCGACGUAUAUCACUUUGAAAACAACUGACACUAUUGAAUUAAUUGUGCGAUUAAAUUCCCGUCAAAAAGAUCCAAACACCUGAUAAAACUGAGGUGUUCCUUGUGAUACUAUUUUGAAAUACUGUAAAGAUAUUAUGUUUUAUACGUGAUAUAAAUGUAAAUAAGUUUAUAAACCGGUUUACAUUGCAUCGGCAUAUUUUGCAUAUUGACAUUUUGUAUUUAAUUAUUUACUAUUGAGUAUUGCAAAUAUAUUCAAAUUAAAAACGUUUUAUUCUGGUAAAUAAUUGAAUACAUUUUAAAAACUUGGUCUGACCGAUGCAAAGUAAAUUUGUUUUUGUGAUAUCAAAUAUAUUUUCAUUUUUAAAAUCGAACUCUUGUAUGUACCAAAACCUUUGUCAGACCUAUAUCUAUGCGUAUUACGAUCCUAAAUAAAGUAAAAGUUUCCCCUUGAUGGGUACCGGGCAGUGAAUUAGUAGAAAAGUCAUUAAGAAGUGCCAUUAAAAAUAUCGCUAAGGUAGUUAUUGAGAGGUGAAAAAUAUUUUUCAAAUUUUAGAAAAUUGCAGAUAUCCGUAUCUACUGUCUCGGUCCACCUACCGGGUAACAUGCAAAAAUAACAUGCUUACGCGGAAUAAGUAAAACUAGCUUAAUUUUGAUUUUAGAGUAAAAUACCUAUUAUUACGAAACUUCUAGAAAAAAAUAUUUUGGAGCGAAUGCCAUAAGUUUUUUUUGAAUUAUGAACCGUUAAAAAAGUUACAGUCACAAAAAAAAAAAUAGAAGGUUUUUGUAUCUAUUAUAUCGAACUGUAUAUUUUGAAUACUACAAUAACUCUGUGACAUCCCCUCCGAAACGAUUUUCUCUAUACAUUUCAUAACUCCAUAACUUUCACUCUAAAAUCAAAAUCAAGCUGGUUACACUUAUUUUGCGCGAGCGUUUUUAUCGCACGUUACCCGGUAGUUCGAUUGGUACGGCAGAUCGCGGGCAUAACGUCCUCUUGGUGUUUACACCGCGUAAUAUUUGAAAUUAUAAACGGAACAUAAAUAUUAACGGAAAAUAAUAAAUAAAAAUAUUCCGUACGAAACAUUAUGUUGUCGGUUAGGUCGGGAAUCUGUCGCCCGUAUACGCGCAUACGUCUCGCGUACGCAGCCACCGGACAUCCGACUUGACGAACGGCACCUGAGCACAUUUCCGUACGUAUAAAUUUGUGUGUAUAAGUAUUGCGAUGCGUAGUGUAAUGUGUAGCCGACAGUCGGGCGAGGCCGUUGUUCCGUAAACAAUCCCUUAAGUCGAGCGGUCAAUCGCCCGUACUCGGUCGCCCGGUACACCAACACGCGUCUUCAACAACAUUAGUAGCGAACAAGCCGUUUUUCCGCAGCCGUUGAAUUUAAUUAUGGAUCACAGGGCGUCGCAGACAGGGCAUCCUAAACAAAAUAUAAUAACACCUGGUCGUAAUUGAUAUUAAAUUCAUUACGCACGAUACGUGUGCGUUAUAAGGUCUCCAGAGCGAACACUACGCGAUAAUCAAAUAAAUGUUAACUCGUUCUCGUCACUGAAACUUUGCUCGGGGCCGUCACGCAAUAAAAUAUGUACUAAACUUGUCUCUUGAUAAAAACAUUAGUGUAGGAUUGUUCGAAGUUUCAACGAAGAAAUGAUUUAUUAAAAUUUUAAAUGUAUAAACAGUUUUACGCAUCUUUCGAGAUCGUGUUAUUUACACGUUAUAUUUUUUUUUAUUGCUGCAGUUGUGUUGUUUACUAUAUUAUAUAAUAUAAUUUGUCAUUUUAAAACAUAUAUUAUCAUAUAGUCGUAAAGAUCACGAUAAUCGAAACAAAUGGGAAUCAAAAUAAGCUAAACAAACAAACGACGUACCAGAAAAAAAAAAUAAUAAAAAAAAAAAUAGAAAAAUCUUUUUUUUAGUUCUAUUUGUCUAUCUAAUACUUAUCGCGAUAUGUAUUAAAGUGUUAUAUCGAUUAAAAAAUAAUAAUAGUAAUAAUUAUAUAUUUUAAUUUAACGGUUUUAUCAGCGUUCGUGUUGGGAUUUCGUAUCAACAGUUUAUAUUGUUGCCGCCUUUCGGUGUAAAUUAGUGAACAUAAUUUUAUGUUUUUAAUUUUCAUUGAGCUAAUGAACCAAUGAUCAUAAUAAAGCGAAAAUUUACUAAAAAUUGACGAAAAUAUUUUAAUACGCUCCGUUAAAAUUCUUAAACUUAUCUAUUAAACAUGUAAAUCUUAAUUUGAAUCAAGCGUGUGUAAGUCUUGGUGCUUGGCAAAGACAGAUUCAGCGUGGGCCCAAGAGCUGCACGUUACAAGUGUGUAGUUAGAGGUAUCUACUGUCUAUACUAUGAAGAAUAAAUUAACCUUAAAAUAUAAAUAAUAUGCUUUUUGUAAUAUAAUUUUCUGAAAAAUAUGACUUAGCCCCACCUCCCCUACCAAAUCUCUGGAGCCGCCCUGGUGCCCGAUGGUGUUUGUAGUCUUGUAUGAUGAUUUCGGACUAAGCAAGAAUUCUUGGAAGGGUGCAUACGAUUUACUAUGUUAUGUUGUAGGUAAGUUUUAGUUUGUACAUCUCAUUUAAAUUUUCAGACUUGAACUACGGUCACUAAAAUAUUAUUAUGUCGUAAAAACGAUAUGGCUUUUGGUAAAUAAACUAUUUGAGAUCGAAUUAUUAACAACGAAAAAUGAAAUUAACCUGAAAAAAUUGAUUGGUUUGUGUAGAAUAUCAAUAAUUACAUAUACUGGAAAUUAAUUCUACCGAUAAAAAAUACGAACAUUUCGUAAUAUUUAAAAUAAAUGUUAUGCAAUAUUACAUUCAAAUAAAAUGCCGAGGUCAAAACCAUAAUAAUUAGAUAGUAUAUUCAACAAUAAUAUCCAAUCAUAAAAUGUUUUAUUUUAAUUACCUAUUACAUUUAAUUAAUUAUGUCGUUAAAUUAAUUACUUUACUAUCGAUCGACAAAUAUUUUACUAUUAUCCUGGCGGAAAAAACUGUAAUAAAAUAUUGUUAAUUAGGAUUACCUAAAAACUUCUAUAAAUAUUUUAUAAUAUUUUAUUUUAAAAAAAUGCUAAUACUGCUGAUGGGUGUAUCACUGUUUUUGGAGGGAAGAUGAAAGGGAGGACAUUAUACAGAGUAAAUACAUUUUCAUCUCUACGCAAUGAUAAACUAUUGCUUCCAAAAAAUGAUUCUGAGAAAAGAAUAUUAGUAGUGGAAUAUUUUUCCUUUUCGCUAAGGCAUUCCAGAAAUCAUUAAAAAAUAUACAACCAAUUGCUAGUUAUGCCCAUCUAUUAAAAAAAAAAAAACUAUAAUAUAAAAAAUUAAAAAAAGAACGGAUAUACUUCGCACGUGAGUGAGAUAUAAAUUGAAUGUGUAUCUGUAAGUAACGAUAAACCACUGCUAACGAAAAUUCGAUUCUGAGCGGAGUUCAGUUAAUAAUUUUGCUUUGUCAACAAUAUAUAUGUCAUAUUAUUGUAAAUUGAUUACAAUGUGCGUUUUCAUGACAACCAUGAUUGUUUAAAAAACAUUAAAAUAAAAACUUAAUAAUAACAAUAAAUAGAUAAAAACAGUUGCCAAUGAUAAUCUUAUUUUUUAUCUUUCAAUCUUUUUUAACUUGAAGAACCAUGUUUUCCUCAUUAUCUCGAAUAUUAAUAAAAAGUGCUAAAAUCAAAAAAUGACUUCUCUGAAGUACCACUCAGAGAAUAUUUCAUUUCAGAAAAAGUGCUUUAAUUGAUAAUCGGAGUAAGCUUUCUGGUAGUGUUCAUAUAAAAAAAAAAAAUAUAAUUAAAUUUACAUCUUUGUAAAACCAAUAUAUUCUUCGCUAAACUCAGAAUCUAAAAUGACUUUCUCAAUACAUUUAUAUUGAUUUGCGAGAAAGUUCCUAAAAGUUUUCGAUUGGAGCAAUAUUUCUAGUAAUAAAGUUGUUUACAGUACACAUAUAUAUACAUAAACACAAAUACACACACACACACAUACAUAAAAAAAUCAUUACUUGUCUCGCUUCGCUCAGAAUUUAAAAACAUUAUUUUAUAAUUAUUUAUAGUGACUACGAUAGGGUUCAAAAUGUUAAAAUGAUAUAGCGUAGACGGAAAUAAUUUUUUACCGGUUGUUAUAAAGAUUAUGACGAAUAAAUCUGAAAAAAAAUAACAAAAAAUGUUUGCCUGAAAAAUAUAAUGAUUUUCACUUAUACUUAAGAAUAAUAAAUUAUUUCAUUUAUAAUCGUUUAUAUGAUGUUUUUUUUUUUUACGCGAUAAAAAAAAAAAAAAAACCCCCGAAAAAAAGAAAACUAUCAAAUCGUGUAAAUAAAACUAUUGAUUCACAGUUUUAAAUAUAGAUAUGGAUCAAUACCAACUAUACAUACAACAUGUAUAUAAUUCGUUGAACAAACAAAAAUCAAUAUUUAUUUCGUCCGUGUUUGUUUUUACUACUCAUAAAAUUAACUACAUUGCGAUUAAAGUUAACAAAUAUAUAGUAUAGUCAAAAGGGCCUAAUUUUAGCAUCCUUUAAUUUUUUUUUUUUUUUUUCUGUUUCUGUUCUUUUUAUUAUUUGUUUUCAUUAUUUUUAUUUUAAACAUAUCGCGUGGCCGUUCAAUUCAUCGAUUGUAUAAAGAUUGUUUUUUAAAUAGGUACCUAUUACUUAAUAAACACAUGAUAUUUUGUAUUUUCCGUCACGUUGACUCGGGCCGCGUACGGUAAUUUACUCUCUGAGUAUACACGAAGGAAACUGUUUUAAUAUCGAAACUUCUUCUUCUGUCUCGCCUUAAUUAAAUGAACGCGCCAAUUAAAAUUAAUUUAAAAAUAGAAUACAGUAACGAUUGAACCUAUAGAGUAGGUGAGUGAUUUUAGAAAAUAAAUUGAAUAAUUUAAAACACGCUCUUCUCAUUUAGAGUAAAGAUAUAGAAUAGUUAUUAUAUUUAUUAAGUAGACAGUUGAAAAAAGUCAAGUAGAAAUUCAAGACACUUAAUACAUACAUCAAAAUUUAAAAGCCAAGUUAAACUCAACUGCAUUGCAAUAGUAGAAACCAGCCAAGUGUGUUGUAUACACGUUUUUUUUUUCAUCUUUGAAUCGAUCAGAAUGAUAUAUAGUAAAACACGUAUACAUUAUACAUAUAUAGAAUAUAUUUUCAGGAUUUGAACAUUUUCUGUCUAUAUAUAUAUAUAUAUAUAGAAAUUUGUUAAAUCCUGUAGACACUCCCUGUAUUUAUGUUAACAUAUUAUUUUGUUAAUUAUUGACAGACCCGGUUAAUGUAUUUUGUUCAAAAUGAUUAUCGUUGGAAGUGUUUAUGAAAUGCUAAAAUUUCUUGAUAUUUUUCAAAACUUCCAAUCAGGGGAUCAAUAUUGUUAUCAUUAUCGACUUUGAGAAAUUAUUAUAUCGCGCGAAAUAUUUAUCUGUACAGAAAAAAAAAAAAAAAAAAAUGUCACACAAUAACCUUUUUAUGCGUUUUAAACAUUUUUCCAACGAUUCCUCGUACUCACGAUAGGGUCUUGGAAAAAUACAUUUUUCAUCCCUACAGUUGAAUAUGUAUAGUAAACGACUGUUUAAAUUUGUUGUUUUGCACGGUUGCAUUACGGUUCACGUAAGACAUUAUCAUAACCUAACGCUUUUGUUCACGAGUGUUUAUUAUUUUAAAAUAAAAAUAUUUAGACGCGCUGGUAGGCUAUUGCAGCAGUGAUCAGUUAAUCAAUAACGUGCAUAAUAUAUUAUGCAUGCGCUAUCUAACGGUUUAAGUUUGUAUCGGCGGUCGGUGGAUAAUUUAGAAAAUAUAAAUAGCCGAGUAGUCUAAAAGACGCUACACCAAGUAUAGACUUUAAUAGCUACACAAUAAAUAUAAAACUGCAAUAUAAACCGUUUAUUUUAUUACACGAAUUACUUUCGGAUGAACGCAUAGAUGAAUAUAUCGUUAAAAAAAGAUUUUAUAUUCUAUAGUCGUUUUAUCAUAUUUGCUGCCUAUACGUUAUAUUAUUAACAAAUUAAUAAUUUAAAAAUUGACGAAAAGUAAACGAAUAUUAUUAUAUUUGAAAUAAAUGUAAUAGGUUUUUUUUUUUUUUUUUUAUUAAUUGUCCAGCUUUAAUAAAAGAUAAAAAUGUAGUUUUUUAGAGCCGCAUAUAUACCCCGCGGUGUUACGAGGGUUUUAUUAUUUUUACGACCGCGGCCAUUUGCCGUUAAUAGCAAUGGAAAAAAAAAAAUCCGUAGAUAAAGAAACCGUAAUAAAUACUAUAUUUUUAAAUCGUAAAACGCCAUCGUUUAGAGCAAACACUCUCGUAAAAGUUGGUCACGUGCAAUAAUCGAAAACGAGCAAAUAACCGAAUUUGCCCCCGAAACAUCCCCUCAGCAGCACCAAAUGCCCUAUGUGUACUUAAAACCGAAAGAUCGCCAUAGACGCGUGCACACAUUUUGUUAUUACGAUUGUUUUAUUAUUAUUACUAUUACGAUUAUUAUUUUUAUUAUAGAUCAAGAGUUCCCGACUUUUGAUCCGCGACACAUUUUUUAAUAAAUGUUAAAACCCCAGAUCAAAAAGCACGUGCUUUCGCUUCUAUAGAUGAUGUGAUUCUGUUAUCAUUAACCAGCAAUUAUAUCUAUACUAAUAUUAUGACUAAAUUUGAUUUCGGUUUUCUUUCCCGAAUCAUUAAUCAUAAUCGUUUAAUCGUUCUGAUCCUAAUUGUUCCGCAUACAAUCGUGAGCACAUAUCGAUUUUUGAUAUUCGAAAAGCAACAGACAUUUAAACCUUAAACUAUCAUUCGAAAAGAGAAUAUUUGUCAAGAAACAUUUACGUUUCAAUGCAUAAAACAUUGAUUCCAACUCGGUUAUAUUCCGUUCCGUUUAUGAGUUUAACCGAUAUUUAAAAUCGUAGAUUUUCGAAUCAGAGUUUAAAAAUAUAGGUUAGACCAGUGACGAUCGCGGUCAUUUAUUAAUCGAUCCAAAAUUGAAAAAAGAAAUAACUUCAAAUUUCAAAAAUUAACGCUCACAUUAAAAAAAAGAUAUAUUUAUACUUUACGUUUUUUUCUCAUUUAUAACAAUCAGUACAUAGUAAAUAAUUAAAUACACCACUGUACCUAUAGUAAAAAGUACCUACAAUAAAAUAUAAUAUUCUAUUAACAUAAAAGUGAAAGUUUUAAUUCUUGGCCCGCCGAAUAUUGUUACUUUUAUGGCCCUCUGUAAAAAAAAAUUUUGGUCAUCACUGGGAUAGAAUAUUCAGAAUAUUAAAAUACGAUUGAAAUGUAAUCUAUACAAUGAUGGUGUACGAAAAAUAAGGGUAAAAUGUCGAAAAUAUUUUAAAUUGUGCUACAAUAUGUUAGAAGAAAAAAAAACAAACCAAUAUCGAAUUGACUCAAAUCCAUAGUGAAUAGUCGCCGAUUCACUAUUAUAGAAUCACUAAGUUAGUAUGUACAUAUUAGGUAUCGAUUUAUUUGAUGACAGACAUCAAAAUUCAAUAUAUUAGACUGCAUUUUGAUGUUUAUUUUCAAAUAAAUUGGUUUAGGGGCAUAAAGUAUAAUUUGUGGCUCGUGGCCACUUCCCGUCGCCCUGCAAAGAACAGAUCCCGGUCAUGCCGAAAGUCCGUACACCCUCUUUUCGCAUAACCAAUAAAUGUAGUUUCGUUCCAAAAUAAUAAUUAUUUUCUCAAUGAGUUGCCUAUCGGUUUUUUUUUUUUUUUUUACAGGAAGACGAAGACAGUUGUGGCGAGUUCAGUGGGAUUGACGAACUGCCUGCCGUCGAAGAACCGAUAGACCCAACCGUGACGUCGGAGACGCUGUUGCUCGAGACGGUUGUCGAGGAAGACGACGAGGCCGAAGACGAUGAUCGACCUCAACAGCCCGAGCCCGAAAAGGACCGGACGGCCGGCGACGAACACGAACAAAUCGCAGCACAUUCCGCCGAUCAGGUAACAUUUUGCUAAUGUCGAAUGUCGAUUCGAAUGCCAUUUCGACAUUGUUCCGCGCUGAAACCUCCCUCUCCUUCCUCCUACGCAAAAAAAAAAAAAACACAUAAUUUUGUAUAGCAUCUUUACGAUACGAACGAUUACUAGACGUAUACUAAAAUCUCCAUCUAUACGUCCAAAAGUUUAGCACAUUGAGUGACAGGAGACUCGACUAAAUGUUCCCGUUUUGUUUAUAUCAUCUGUAUCCGCAAACAGCGCACAACAUUCACAUAUUAAUAUUCAUAUUGAUAUGUGUUCAUUGUGUACACAAAAAGGAUCCACAAAAAUGAAAAUCGGGAAUAUUAUUCGUUUCUAUGUAAAUCGCCUUAUUUGAAAAGGACGGAUUCCUUGUGAACGUAAUGUCCGAUAUCGGUACAAAAUGUUUAGUAUACAAUACUGGGGCCCUGCAAUAUAUCAGGAACGUCUCGUAAGCCAUAACUACGUUUCCCGUUUUGUAUAGUUUCAAGCUUGCAAGGAUAUCGCCGCUAGGAAUGUCCUUUCCGGCUGAUUCUGGUGUUUUAUUAUUAUUAUUCGUUUUUACGAGUGCGGCGGCCGUGUUCUUUUAGCUCUCGUGUAUUUAUAGUCACCACCGCUGACGGCGACCGCAACAACGAAGACGACGAUUUUGUUUAUACGUUUCCGAAAUACAUUUCGACGGACGCGUCGUGGAAAAAAAAACCACUCUAAACACUACGUAGCCGGCCGUGUGGUUACCACAGAUAGGGUGGUGUUUAAGGGGGAGCGGGCGGGGAUCAGACUCUGGGCCUCGCGUUCGAAAAAAAAACCGCGAAUUAUAAUGUAUAAUAAAAAAAAAAUUGAAAAUAUUCGAAAUUUCGCUCCGAACAACGCGAAUUCCAAGGACAGCCCUUACCGGGGUGCCGGUUGUAAACCUAUUUAUAUUUCGUAUAAACACUCCGGUACUAUAAUAUAACGUACAGUGACGUAGUCAAGGAUGGGCUACGGUGGGCAAUGGUCCCCUCUGUUGGCAGUUGUUUUUUUUUUUUUGUAAGUACAUAAAUUCUGUUAUACGUAUAUAGUUGGUUCGUGUGUAUGUUACCUUAUUAUGGCGUGUGCGGUUUAUAUUUUCGUACUUUAUCGAGUCAGUACAGUAUAUUUUUGAGUGUGUAAUAAUAAAGGGAACGAACGCGGAAUUUCGGGUUUGUUUGUUGUUUUUACCGGCCCUCUCCAUUGAGUAAUCCUGGGUUACGCCACUGAUAGCGUAUAUCAUAUCAAUAACUGACACUCGGCCGCCGCGACUGUGUUAUUUCGCGUGAAUUAUUCGUGUUCGUUAUUCUAUAAUUUUUCGUCGGGAUAAAAUGUAUUUUAUUAUUAUGCACGGUCACAAUACGCGAUACGCAAUACGCGUAUUUAUACCGAGUGUAACAUUUUUAUGAAAUCCGUCCCUCGUUUUAUUUCUGUCAACAUAAUAUAGCGCAGCGGGAAGUCUCUCAUAAAAAAAAAAAAAAAAAAAUAAAAUAAAAAUGCAUAACAUAUUAUUAUUAUUAUUUGGGUAGCGAAAUACCCGCUCGCAUAAUAAUUUAAAACGCAUAAAAAAAUAACCCUUACGAGUGCAGUCGCGACCCGCAGCUAAUUAUAUACAGUGCACACUUCAUAAUAAUAAUAACAUAUACUGUACCGACUACUACCAAGUUAUUUUUAAAAAAUCGAAAUUGUAUAAUAUAUCGGAAUAUAUUAUAGGGAACGGAUUUAUAUGGAAUUAAAAUACACAAAUAUGCAGCUAAAUACGAAAGUACAAUUUAUAAAAUAAGGGGGUGAAAACAUUUUUAGUGCGAGUAUAAUAAAUUUACGGAAGACACAAUAAAUAUGUAAUUGUAGAAAAUAUGGAUACAAAAUAAAUAUAGUAUUACGAAUGAAAACUUUUGGUAACUGACCAAACCUUUAGGUAGUUUCUUACUCAAGUUGUGUAGUGUUGUAUCGAUUGAUUAUAUUAUUUCUUUUAAAUGAUCGAAUGUUAAUUGUCGCCUAUUAUUAUGAUUACUAUAAAUUUCAAAAUAUUUUUUAAAACUGCUAAAUAUACGUAAAACAUAUAUAUUUGAAAAUAGUUACAAACACGUAACUCUACAAAAAUAUACAAAUAUAGCUAAUAAUAUUCUGCUCAGAAUCGUUUUUCGUUAGCAAUGGUUUAUCGUUCCCCACAGAGAUGAAUUCAAUUUCCCUAUACAUCCUCCCUUCCAAAUUUCCUCCUAAAACAGUGGCAUACCCAUCAGAAAUAUCAGUCUUUUUUAGAUUUCGAGCGGAACGAAUAAUGUAUUGGUUUUCCUGUUGUUCUUGUAUAUUUUUUUUUUUUUUAUCUGCAGAGAGUAAAUUAUCUACCAGCAAUCUUGCUCCGAUCAGAAAAUGAUAGGGAACCUUGUCGUUGCACUUUGCAUUUAGUCGGUAUGUUGAGAGAUUAACCUAACCUAACAUGCAUAUAACAAUUGGGGAAAACGUAGGGAAUACGGGAAAGUUUACGGUUUCGUUAUUUUCGAUUUUGGUCUUUAUGCUGCGAAUUGGUUAACAAUUUCCGCGGAGUGCUGAAAUCUUCACAGAAUGCUUGCGUUCCCCUUUACUAAACGAGAUAAAAUCAUCGGUUUUCGAGUUGUUAUAACGUUGUUAAACAUUUAAUUCGAGGUUCGUUAUAUAAGCUAUUGACUUGGCGGUCGAAAAAAAAAAAAAAAUAAUAAUAAUGAUUUAUUCGUUUAUAGAAUCGAGCGUAAUGCGGUAGGUUUCGUUUGUUUCUAUAGCGUUUCGAAACGUCGUUCAGAAUCGUAUUUCGUUGACAUCGGCGUGUCUCGUUGCUCGCUGACAUCGCGAUUGAAUCGCUCUACCGUGGUGCGCUCCGACGUACCUCCCAAAACAGUGGCACACCCAUCGGCUUUUUAUUUUUUCUAUUUUUUUUUUUUUCUCAUUACCGUCAUUAAAAUUUAGCCGGCGCGGAGUCGGCGCGUAGGCGACGACGGCCACCUGCAGCGGCAGCCGGCGGUGACGAGGGAAAUAAUAAUAGAAACAGGAACGGCGGGCGGACCGGGCAGCGGCGAGCCGUCGGUCGGUAUCGGCGCGCGGGCUGCGGCCGCUAAGUUUAGAACGUCGCCCCGGCCCAGGGCCGGCGGCGGAGGGAUCGCGCGCGCGAUGGAAUGACGUCGCGGCACGCAGUAGCGCGUCCGGCCUCGCAAUAUCCGCGAUUAUUUUUAUCGUUAUCAUACCGUACGAGUUAUCGUGUCGUUAAUAUUAUUGUUGUUGUUGUUGUUGUCGCCGCGUCGCUAUCGUAUUACGCGUUACGCGUUACCCGUGUGCGGCCACAGCGCGAUAGGAAAAAAAAGUGUGAAGAAAAAAAAAAUAAAAAAAAUCAAUCGUCCAACGGUAUCCCGUCAUAACGUAACGCGCGUCCGCGGGCGUUUGUCGUGCAGCCGUUCCGCCGUGCGAUACCUGCCAACACGCAACGUGAAACGCGUCCGAUCGGACGGUGCAGGGUAUCGGUUUUCGUCUGUCGUCGGCUCCGGCAGCAACACGGCAACACGGACAGCGGCAGCAACGACCCCGGCAGCCCGGUAAGAUCGAGAAAGAGAGCGGGCGCGCGCGCGCGCGCGCGUCCGCGACGCGUUUACCGGCGUCGUCGCCGCCGCGUAAAUCUCUCGACACGCGGCGCGUAGCGUUCGGGGCUCUCGACGGACUGUUUCGUGUCGGAUUCCCGACUCGCCGUCGCCGUCGUUUUUUUCUUUUUUUUUUUUUUUUUUUUUUUUUUUUUUUUUUUUUCUUUUAAUAUUAUUUCGCCCGUGUACCGCCGACGACGAUCGGCCGCGUAGACGCGCGGGGUGUUUUCGAUUUCCGAACGGGGAACAUCACGCGUAUAUUGCUAUGGUAUAGUAUUGGGUUUUUCUGUGUACAGUGUAAUAUUUUUCAUUACUUUACGAAUGCGUGCGCCUUUUUUUCUUUUUCUUUUUAUUUUGUUUAUUAUUGUCGGGCCGGCGUUUACACGAUUCGGACCGGAUGAGACUAUCGUAUUUAUACACACCCGCGUGUAGUCGCUCUUCGAACGAAAACUUCGUAAGAGCGUCCUCAAAUUACGGUAGAAUUUCGGAUCUAUAUGCUAACAAUAAUUUAUUGCGGCGCGUUUUCGAGGUUAUUUUUUUUUUAGAUUCCCGACACGAUGAGGAAUUAAUUUAUCGGCCAUACUAUAUUACAAUGUAUCAGGUAUACCUAUAUCUGAUUUGUGUGCGUUUUUUUUUUUUCAUUUCGUGUCUGUUAACGACACUUUUCUUCGUCUUGCUUGAAUUUACGACCGCGGCUACUUCUCCGAAAGAAAAUUGUACCCGUAUAGUUGGGCGGUCGAGAAGUGAUAUUUUCCCUAUGAUUGUUCUUGCAGUUUUCUUAAUAAUUGGGAAAACGGAGAAAUUUACGCGAUAACGGUUAUUUUCGAUAAUUCGUAUUAUGAUUAUUAUUUUUUGUGAUUUGGUUAAAAAGAAAACUGAAAUUUUCACAGAAUACUUACAUCAGCAAUACGUGAUAAAAUUUCAAAUGCAUCCUGUCGACUUUUGCGCCAUUUUUCGGCAAUUGUAAUUUUCGAAUUUUCAAAGUUUUCGUUUGGUUUUUUGUGGAUAAAAGUGUAUCGGCCGUGUUAAAACCAUUGAAAAUUUAGCACGAGAAUCGUCUUAAGUAGUACUUAAUGGUAAAAAAAUAUAAAAAAGUGUAGUGCAUAAGUGUGUUACAUAGUAUUUUUUUUUUAAGCGUUGUUUUAAACUAACGUUUUGUCGAAAAUUGCAAUAAUCGUGUCAUUCAAAAACAUAUGUGAUUAAGCAAACUCCGCUCAGAAUCGUAAUUCAUUAACAAUGACUUAUCGUUGUAGGCAGAUAUAUAUGAUAUAAUCCUUUGCGGUCAUCCUAACUUCCCACCUACAACAGUGGCACAUCUGGCAGCAAUAUACUAGUUCGUUUUUGUUUUUAAUCUCUCAUACACUUCAUACGUAAUGUCGGAGAAAAUCUGAAAAAUUAAAAGAACGGAAAAACAAGAAUAUUUUAAGUAACUUCGUUACCUGUUUUUAUCGAAAAUCGAUUUUUUUUACGUUGUAAAUUUGUAAGAAAUAAUCAUAAAAAUCUGAAAUUUAUUCACCGAUUGACGAACACAUAAUAUAUUAUUAACAUUUUCUAGACAAGAUACAAUAGUUUUCAAAAUAUUUUGCCUCAAUUUGAGUUACCUAAUAGUUUUUUUUCUAUUCGUGGUGAUCUAAUAACUGAUUUUUUUUCCGCGUGCAAUUGCUCGAAAAAUCGAUACAAGUGGUCGUGAGGUCGCGAGUAUUGUUCUUUUUGGUAUCCUCAGAACAAAUCUCGUACAAAUGUACCAAAAAUUAUCCAUUCGGAAGCGUAUUUUGUUUGCGAUGAAUUGUUUUUUUUUUUUUUUUUUUUAUUAAAAUCGUUUCUCUUCCGUUUCGCUGCCAACGACCACGCGACACAAGCAGCAGUCAGUGAGGUUUUUUUUUCGCUGUAAAUUCAAUCCUUAACGAAAACGCCGUCGGUCCGUCACCUCCAUUUGUCAUCGCAAAAUUCGGACGAUUGGUUUUCGAGCUCCCACUCCACCGUACCGGAGACUUUGAUUGAUGAAAACGUUAGGGUUUCGGUUUCUUUUUCUUUUCUUUACAUUUUUCGCCGCCCGAUCUGCGGAUAUUCAAUCUCGGCGACACGACUCGGAGUUUAUAAUUCGCGCGAAAACGAUUUCGAGAGCCUCUCCAAAUGGUCCGCUUUUAACGUUAAACCGUCGAGCGAAACGACUCAGACGACAUUACAAUAAUACUCGCAAUAAUAAUAACAAUAACGACGACGAUGUUAUUAUAAUAAUAUUCGCCUGAAUAGCAUCGUCUCCGCCGUAAUAAUAUUCUCGUACAAAAUGUAUGAUUAUUAUUACCGUUAUAAUAGUGUACCUACCGAAAAUACUACUGCUGCGAGGCCUUAACGAGAUAGUUGCGCGAAAGAAAAUUUGAAAGUGAAACCGUUAGGUAUAUUUUAAACCCUAUUUUAGUUUAAUACCAAUAAUUUAAAAAAUCUUAUAAUUUUUUUUUUUUUUUAUGCUUUCGUAUACUUUACUGCAGGUUGCAAUAAUCCAUUAUUAUUGCUUUGAGGGGGACAUAUUCUGACAUUUUCGUUAUAGUCGUUUGCUCAAUUCCCAAUUAAGGGGAAAGGGUACGGCCGUUUUUACGGAAUAAUAUACGCAUGACGUUGUAGACCCGAGACAAAUGUAAGGAUUUGGUUUAAAGGAUUUCAAUUUCGAAAACUGAUUUUGAUCGAUUGACAAGUCCACUAUAGCGGUUAUGGCGAAGGCGAUUUUAUAUAUCUAUUGUUUUCAGCUGUUAUCGAUGAAUAAAAAUGUAUUGUUUUUGUUUACACGGUUCGUCAUAAGAUUGAAUUCAAUUUUGGAAUAUUAACAAUUUCCCUCGUCUAAACCUAGUAAACUCGUUAAUCAAUCAAAAUCAAAAUCCGCCAAACCCAAACCUAACGUUUUUUGUCUAGCUUUUCGGUCUGAAUAUCACUUUUUUUCAGCGGUCGCAAUCCUCUUAACAUAACCGAUUAAAUGGUUUUUCAAGUACGGAGUGCUGCGCUGGAAACGCAACUGGCUAUUGCUGUAUAAGCCAAUAUAAUUGGCUAAUUGGCUUUCGGUAUAUCGAAUAAUCGAAUGCAUACCGCAACACUAUUUUACGCGGUGUCGGAUAAGAAUAUUAGCUGGUGAAUAAAAUAAAUAAAAUAAAUAAAAUAGGUUCCGGACAUAUAUAAUGAUGAUAAAGCAUCUCUCAAAAUGAAUCAAGUUUUAUUCGGAAACAUCCAAAUAAAACUAAUAAUAUGCGUCUAUUGAAGUUUCCCAAUGAAAUAUAUCAAAGUGAAGAAAAACAAGGAUAUUAUUAGUAUUUAUAUUACAGUGAAUUGACUCAUUGUCAAAUUUAAUGUAAAAAUCAUUAGCUGUGCUACUACACGGGUUUUUUUUUUUUUUUUUUUUAAUGUGAGAUACAAGUAUGAAAAAUAUUAUCGUUUAAAAAUAUCUUGCUUAAAACUCGAUGCAGUUUCACAGAUUAUAAACUAAACUUUAAGUUUGUUACAAGGUCAAUUCAAAUACCAAAUUCAAAUCAAUUCAAUUCAUAUAUCAAAUAAAAUAUCAAUAUUUUCUCUUUGAUAUAGUAAAACUAACAGCACAAAGUUGUGUCUGCUGGUAGCAAAUUGGCUAUGUAUGCCGUAAACUUUAUCGAACUGAAACAACAUUGCAUUUGGGUAUUACGUACUUUUAAUAUCAAUAUUUUAAAAUUUAAAUUCUCCGAAAAGAAAAUUUCGAUAAGUUUAAUCUUAUACCUUCCGGGAUGAUUUCAGUGUUCAAUGUUGAUCGUUAAAAAAAACAAGCCGUUGAGUAGAAAUGUUUAACAAUAUAUUUUAUGGAAAAAAUCGUGUAUAAAUGUGCCGAACCACCUGCAAUUAAUAACUAACGCAAAUUUAUCACCGUCUAUUAAACGUGAAAUCGGAUUCCUCCGCACAACUGCCAUUUUUUAUUUUUACGCUUUGGAACGCGUUAUUUACUGUAUUUUAAUAGUUUGAUUAUUUCUUUGAUCGUCUAACAUAUGUUCUUUUCGCGUGGUUUUCUAGGUAUAAUUAAUUUUAACUUUUUACUAGAGCCAAUAAAAUUGAAACGUUGCUAAUAAACUGUUUUAUUCGAUUAUUUAUUAUAAUACUAACAAUAUUAAUCACUUUAUCGUUGCGGAUGCACAAUUUUUGGAAGUAAUCCACACGUAUACGAGAAUAUAAUUUGUAAAUUUUCGCUUAUACUCGGCAUUUUUUACAGACCUGAUGUUCAUAUAUUUUUUAUAUUUUUUCUUUCACGAAGUGAAAUGUUGCACAUUAUAUCAUUUUUCAUUGUAAUAUUUAGUUGAUGUAUAGAAAUAAAAACACGUUGGCUUUAAUUACAACCGAAUUUUCCAUAAUUUUUAAUACACAGCGUUUCCCAACCUGUGAUAUGCAAAGAACAUUUUUGGUAAGUUAAAAAAAAGUUAUUCGUUAUAGCGUAGUUACACUGUAGUUUAUUGAUUCGUAAAUAAAAUUACACGAAUAUUAACUGUACGUAUUUAAUUUUACUUUUGGAAACUAAAUGUUUAAAAUUGUAAGUUUUAAUAAUAAAAUGAUACACGUAAAAAGAAAAGGUUAUUAGGUGAAAUGGUAUGCGAACAAUUUUAAAAUGUGUAAAUGACACGCGUGUAUAAAACAAGUUAAGUUAUUUAUCAUGAUUUGGUUGUUUUCAUGUAAAGUAAUGCGGAUUUCAAGUAAAUUAGAUUUGUUUUUUGUUUUUCAACCGUAUUAUUAUUAACUUAUAUACAUGAAUUAUUGUUUAAGCUUUAUUUUAAUUCCUUAAAUUAUUUUUCAUUUUAAAAUGCCAAUCUUCCCUUGUUGACCCUCCCAUUUCAACACAGAUUUGAAUUAAAAUAUUUUUUUCUAUUUUAGAUGUCUAUUAUAAAAUAAAUGCAUAUUGACACGUUUACAAUGAUAUUUUCUUUUCGUAAAUAUCGUUAAUUAGAUCAUUAAACAAUUCCGUAAUGAAUGAGGAGGAGGAAAAAACAUAAAUCAAAAUUUUGUUAAAAUCUUCGGAGAAAAUCGCCGGAUCAUGAUAAAACAUCAUCGCUCUAUAUAUCAAUGUUUUGUUGUGUCGAUAUACCCCUGAGAGAAUGCGGAUUCGCAGUGAAUCGCAUUUCGCAGAUAGUUGUCCAAUGACCGUUGACUAAUGUUUCCGGGACAAAUGAUGAUACGCUUUUUUCCCCUUUAGAAAACCAUUGUUAACGAGCGCUUACCGUUAUAUAUUACGGACAGCCUUUUACAAAAGGCCGUACGUUACGAAACCUGACGGCAACCUGCAAUAAUAAUAAUUAUUAGUGACGGUGGAAAAAUAUGGCAUUUCUGUUUUCCCCUAUACGCGCACGUUUCGGACCGAAUUUUAUUUGUAACGUCGUCGUUUAGCAAUAAUAAGACAAACAAUCAGAUUCGGGAUUCGCAUAAGAUUUUAUUGGAAAUAGCAUUUACUAAUAGUACAAAAUUCAACGAGUAGAAUAGUUUCGAAGGUAUUGCUAUGUCGAUUUUUUUCUAAAAAAUAUUAUCGAAUAAGAAAUUGAAAGUCACGUUAGUUUUUCUUUUUAUUAAAUAGUUGUAACAUUUUUACAUAACAAUUUUUUUUUAGAAAAAAACGUCAUUGUGCCUGGAAAAUAAAAGUAACCUUUUCUGUGUUGAAUUCUUAUUUCAAAACCUAAAUGUCACAAUUUACUCUCUAACCUAUCUAUGUAAUGUAACUAUUUUGCCAUAUGUUGGGCUUCAGUUUUAGACUGAGACAGUAAAUUCUCUUAAAAACCGUGUGUUAGAUGUUUGCGUGGAUUUCGUUUGCAGUAAAUUAAAUAAAAAAAUAACCAAAUAUCAGCAGUUUUUCGGAUAGUUAGGUUUUUUAAUUAAAAAUUAACGGCCGUCGUUUGAAGUCUUAUUUUCCGAUAGUAAUUGUGCUCGGGUAUAUUUUAAGGAAAGAAUUCACCUAUAGGGGUAAAUAUUAUAAUUUAUCAGUCAUCACUAGGGUUGUAAAUUUAAUGCACUACAUCACCUUAACAAAUGUAUUUAAAAUCCCUAAAAAUACAGUACAAAAUGCAAUGGACCGUUACUCUAGAAAUUCACUACUGAUAUUAUAUCAAAAUUAAUUAUCACGAUUAGCUUUAUCAAUAGCCUCGAAUCUAAAAGUCCGACAUGUGUACGCAAAGCGAGCAUAUAGGGAUCGUCGAAGUCCGUUUUACGUUUAGAACACUGUAGCCUUCUUGUAACAGUAUCGGGUUGGACAUGCUUUGGUAGGUGAGUUAUCGAUUAAAACUGUUUCGGUUCUAUGGUUCUAUAGAACCGCAAAGCGAGCUCGUGGAAAUCAGCGAAGGCCUGUAUGUUUUUACGACGGUUUUCGCCAUAAAUACUUCAAUAAUGAUUUCUGAAAAAAAAAAAAAUAAUAAUAAUAAUAAUAAUAAUACGAAAUCAAACACUUUCAAAAUCAGCGCUGAAAAACAAGUCUUUUCCAAAAAUUUUAACUUCAUAAGGGGCGUCGUAAAAUGCAUUUGCUCUCGAGUUUCCCCCACCAUUUUAUCUGCUAACGAUUCAACUUCAUGAGACGUAUGGAAACGCUCACCUCGUAUGUAUCAACCACCGCGAUUGAUUCGUGUACAGAUGAAAAUUCUAAUUUAGCUGUCUUUUUAAUUUAUGUAACACGGUCAGGUAGAACAAACAAUUACCAAGAGCCUUUUGAGCAAACCAAUUUUUACAUUAAUAAAAAAAUCCACUUAAAUGACACUGGGUGUUUUAGUUUAUAAUCAACAAUAAAAAAAGAAGAAAACAAAACUUUCAAACUUAACUUUAACUUAACUUAACUUUAUCAAAUAGUUAUGAUAAGUGAAUGUUUCCAAAAAUACUAUAAAAAAUUUAAAAAUACAUAAUAUGAUUAAAGUCGUACGCAUUUUUUUGACGUUCGCUGUUUAAGGUUUUAAAACAAUAUUGGAAAUAUAAAAAAAAAUACUUUUAUUGGAAAAUCGCACAGCUGCCUUCCCCGCCACCACUGCCGUGCGCGCGGUUUCGCAAGGUUUGAGUGUUUAAUCGCGGUGAUUUUAUUAUUAUCUACAGCGUAGACGUACGGACAUCAAACGUAUCGAUUUACUCAAUUACAAUUAUUAUGAUAUUAUUACAAUCGUUGGUUCGUGUUCAAAUAAAAAUCGCCUCGUAGAAUUACUUGCGUGUAUAAGACGACAGAAAUUGUUACUAUUAUACUUUUGUCGAAAUAAAAAAUCGACGGACCUAACAUAGAGAAAAAAAAAACUCCCGUUUUUUUUUGUUAAUCUUCGAUCGCGUGCGUAAACGAUAGUACGAAAAAAAAAAUCCACUCGUUAGCUUCAGUAAACUACUAUAAAAAAAAAAAAGAAAAAAAAAAAAAGGGGAUAGAUAAAAGAAAUACGAAAAAGGGGAAGUCGAAAUGUUUUUUUUUUUUUUUUUAUAACAUUACACGCGCAUUAUAUACGUACACAUACAUAGCGUGUACGCGUUAUGACGAAAAUGCGUAUAUUAUUUAUUAUAUACAAUCGGAAUGACCGAACGACAUCGUAUUAUUAUUAUUAUUUCCGACCAGGUCUCUUCGGGAAAAAAAAAAAUUUCAAAGUCAUCCAUUCGAACCGAACGAAUACACUCGAACGGACCCUGACGGGGCAUUAUUAUAUUUGUUUCCCCGCGCGAGCGUGUUUGUGUGUGUGUGUGUGUGUGUGUGUGUGUGUGCGCGCGCGCGUGUAGGUCAAAUAUUUGAAAUGACACCACGAUAACGAUUAUUGUGUGUACGGGAUGAUUUUUUUUUUUUUUUAUCACGAACAAAACGACAUUAUACAGAGUGAUUCCGUUAAGCAUGCUCAUCCCAUUUGUAUGGUUAAAUUUGACACAAGUACAUUCAAAUUCUGAUUUUUGUAAUUUUUAAGUGUAGUUAAAACCGAUAUUCUCUAAUACUUGGAUUUUUCACAACAUUUAUGGAGUAUCCUGUGGCGAAACCAACUUUGCUUUUUGGUUUUUCAAACGAGAACGUACAUUAGAAAUUCCGUAUACAGACGGAGUGUUAGUUUAAAUAAAUGUUGGUGUUCACAUUUUUUAUUUCCGUCGACCCGUUAACGAGAUUAUUCACUUUUAUGUUCAGUUAUUCAUAAAUGUUGUGAAAAAUCUCAAUAUUCGGAAAUAUCGACUUUAACUAAACUUAAAAAUUCCGCAAAUCGGAAUUUGAAUACAUGCAAAAUUUAAUCAAACAAAUAGACCGAGCACGCUUAGUGAGUCAUCCUGUAUAAUGUAUAUGUACGAUGAUUUCGAGUAAAUUUGAUUUUGAUUGUUUUCGAACAUCAAAGAAUUGUCUUUGUUUUCAUGAUUUUGGUUAGAAAAAAUAUUUGUGUUUUUAAAAAACCUACCGAGCACAAAAAGUAUAUUUAGUUUGCGGUUUUCAAAUUCAGCGACAAUAGAUUUUGAACACUCGCAUUCGAAAAAUGACUGUAAUAUGUUUUAUGGCAGCGGAACUUGGAUGAAAGAAGAACAAAAGAAAGAACCGUGACGGACCAAGGAUAAAAUUAUGAGGAAAACAAUUAUCACGGAAGAAUUGCUGCAUAAAAAAUUUGAUAAUUCUUGAUAAUAUUGAUGCAAUCAUGCAAUUUUACCAAUAUUAUCAAAUACCUAACAUUGUCUGGGAUGAGCAAAAAAAAUAUUUAUGACCAGUGCUCGGCAGCCUACGUGAUUGUUGCCGAAUAGUUGCCUAUUCAACUCCUUGUUGUUAUUGAUCAAAAUAUAACGAAAAUUUAGUUAUUUCCGUGGUUUUUUUUUUUUCCGAAAAAAAUAUAAAUACAAAAUCUGUAUUCAGAAUACAUAUUCGGAUAUGUUUCCCUAGAGUAUUUAUAACAGUAUCGUAGGUGGAGUCGUAGAGAUCGGAAGGCUAAGGGGAGUUAGCCUAUAAAAUCAUCCGUAGCCGUCCCAAAAUUAUUAAAAAAAAAAAAUAAAGGAUUAUUCAAGCCCCCUCAAACAGAAAUUAUAAUACCCUCUUCGCGGGUUAUUACGUUUGUGUGCGUGACGACGAAUGGGUACACACGUGUGUUAUACUCAUACUCAAUAAUAUCAACAACUGAGUGAUGAUUUUUUUUUUUUUUUUUUUCAUAAUCCCCUCCUAAUUUUCGUUAAAAAAGCAUUCACUAGACUGAAUAUCACCCUAUAUUAUUUAUACCUCCGAACUUUUCACCUAGACGGACUGUGGACCCACGUAUUAACGUUCCCCGCUUGGAACGAGCUACAAAAUACGAUAAAUAUAAUUCUCCUACCGGUGCUUUGAUUUUUCAUCACAAAUUUGUAAUGCCGAAAACUCGAUGUUCACUCACGUUGUUCGCUCUGUCUGUUUAGACGCGGUACGGUUUUUUACGGAAUUCCGUGCCAUAAGUGCAACAAACCUAAAACUCAUUCGACGAAAAACCGCGACGAGUCUGCGUAUAAACAUUUUUACAUUAAAAACAUAAAGCCUCAACAGAAUGACAGAUUUCGUUUUAUUUCAAAUCACUGCUUGGACGAAAAUAUAGAGAUUGUUCUUUGUACAAUUAUAGUGAAUAUUACACCGUAUUCACUACUAAAACAUUUUCUAUUUUUAGAAAUUUUCGGGAGUGGGGUGGGCCCGGACCCUUAUACCGGCUAUAUUUCUUCAAACGAUAAGAACGCCGCCGUAGCGUGUCCGACUAGUUUUCCGGAUUCCACUCGCUGCGUCCGACGCGGCUCGUUUAAGGCGAGCGACGUGAAUACGCGUCGCGUCCGGGUUUCGAAAUUUUUUUUGUCGUAUCCAACUAUAAUAUUGAUAAUGUAAAUGAAUAUAUGAAUGGAAAAAAAAAAAAAAAAAAACGAUGUAUAAAAAUAAAAUCGAUAAAUGAACGAGUGCGCCGCCUGGAGUUUCGCGGCAAGUGCGCGUUGCACGGCCGGUUCCGAGUUGAAAAUUCAUCAUCGGGUAUACGAAACGCCACUCCGUUUCGCAUUUUCCCCGUUGUUUUACGUUUCGACUGCGGUAUGCCCGGCGAUGAAUUUUCAACUCGAAACCGGUCGCGCAACGCACACGCCGCAAUACUCCAGGCGUCGCGUUCGGACAUUUAUCUGUUCUGUUUUUACACACAAUUUUUUCUUUUACUUACAUAUUUGUUUACCACGUUGCGUUCUACUCGCUUGGUUUGUUUACGACCGUUAACCGUUCCAAUCAACUUUGUGUUCGCCGUAUUGUUUUACCAUCAUAUAAAUAUUACGAGGCGUUUUGCCGGCGCCGUUACACUGCCGUUAUAGCAACGCGGCCGCGCACGAGGUGUUGCGUACGCACGGAGCCGCGAACGCGCACUUUUCGUCGCCGUUUACGCGGCGUACACGGCACGCGGACGAAAACCGGCCCGCGUGCCCGAGCACUAAGGUUUUCUCCGCCCGUCCGGGUGAAAAGAAAAGGCCGAUUUGUAAACGGCAUCGUACCUUUUCAACUCGUCAAAAACAACAAAAAAAAAAAAAAAACUCCGCUUAGACAAACAUUGGUUCUGGGGAAAUUUUUCAGAAAAAAUUUAUAGGACAAGACAUGAUAACGGCGACAUUUCAAUUCUAAUCUCAUUUUGAUAUAAUAUCUCGCACGUUACAAUCAAUAGUCGUUUCCUACUAUCAUUUUUAAAAACGAUAAUAUCUACUAGGGAACGGUAUUAUCAUUUUCUCGCUGUGUUAGGAAUCGCCAUAAUUUCCUGAUACGGUUCACUCCGGCGUUCGGCGCCAUCUCGCGGAGGAACGGUAAAUAACCCGCCGGUCGUCGUGCCGGCCGCCCCGAGUCGACAUUAUAUAAUAACAGGUCCAAUACCAAAAUAUGUAUCUCUGUCCUUUGCGCACCGUGUAGCCGUUCUCUCGUAUCGCGCGUGUGUGACGUAUCAAAACGCGUGUGCUUGAAUUUUGCAGGUGAACCGCGUCACGGGCGGUGACCGUAUUGGUGACCGCGAUGAUGUCAUCGCCGACGCGGCGGGCCCACGAAGGGACGCGUUCGGCGCCGACCCGCGGGACGGAACCUCCGCCGCGGUCGUGACAAUGAUGGCCGAAGACGCGCCCGCGGCCGGCGGUGACGACGGCUGCGGCGCCCGACUACUACAAAUCCCGUCGCAACGGGACGACGGCCCGCAACACGGAGACUCGUUUCCGGACGGAGCGGCCGUGUUGCAACCGCACACCGCGUGCUUUGAAACCGGGAACAACCGACAACUGCACGACCUCACGGUAAGUGUGUCAUCACUAGAGAAACCGCGUCCCCUUCGUAUACUAUCAGGGGGUAAAAUUUCACAAGUGAUUGUUUAAACCUCUUCUACAUUAUGCUUAAGGGUUACAAUUUUCCUAUUGAAACGUUACUCUAUAUUAGAUUUUCCUAGUAAAUUGACCCAUUUUCGAAGUCCAAUUCGAAAAAUAUUCAAAUUUUCGCCUAUUCUAUUCCAUUUUGAUUAACCGACUUGCUCAUUUGCAAAAAAUGUUCCAUUUCAUGAAGUGGACAUAAUACACCUAUAGGUGUGCAGCAUGUGUACAGAUGUGCAUUAAAAACGUAAAAAAUAUUUACUAAAAUAAACAAUGAUAAAAAUCACGUUAAAAAUGUUUCAAAAAAGUACAAAAUCUUUGAAUAUGCCUUAAAAAUCAAAAAAAUGUCAAAUUCUAUUUUCUAAACACAUUUUGAUAUUAAACAAUUAUUAAAUAAUUUAUUGUUCAUUUUUACUAGCUACAUUUUUUUAACCGACCAGUAAAAACACGCAAAUGCACAUAAAUAUCCAUCCUACGGAUGAAGUAUCAACUACCGAGUUAUACAUAAUUUCGACCGUUUGUCACUUCUAUACUCUGGAAUUCCGUAUGGUUUGAAAUAUGUAUAAAUCAUUCAUAUGCUGCCCUGAUCGUUCUUAUUUUCCGGUAAUUACAAACACUGCGUAGGUUUAACGAUUAAACUUUAAUCAUUUUCACCGUUAUCAAAUAUUUACACAACUUACUUAACAAUAAGUUCGUAUAUUUUCAAAUUUACUUUUAACUCGACUUAAUUAAAUAACAACGUGCUAUUAAUUUUUAACAGAUUACAUUUUUCCGAAUAAACUUAAUACUUAUCAUUGAUAAUAUAAUUCGUCGACUAUCGUCAAACUCGUCAUGCUCGUUUGACUCGGCUCAAUAUCGAAAUAUCCAUUUUAUUGCUUGUUUUUCUCAAUGCUGUCAGGCGAGAUUGUGUAUUUACGCGAACGCGACUCGUUAACAACGGAAUUUUUAUUUACGCCGUAAAAACAGACGAACAGACUACCGGAUAUACCGCGAGACGCCGUCGGCGGAAGCAUUGACGUGCCCCGGAAUUUUCAACGGGUGGAGAAUAAGGGACUUCAUAAAUGUUAAUCGUACAUAAAUUGUAAAAUCUUCUUUCUCGCCUUCUUUUACCCAAUUCGCAAAUGAGAAUUUCGAAAAAAAGAAACAGUUCUAAUCGAUAAUUCAAGCUUUUUCUGGAUUAACAUGGCUGUAAUAUAAACUAUUUUAAAAUUAAAUUAUUAAAUAAAUACUCUUAGUUAAUGUAUUAAAAAAAACCAAUGAGGCGGGGAGAUAAUGUGACCCCUAACUUCCCUCCCGGCGUACGCCACUGCGUGUAAGUGGGUAAAAGUGGAUGGACGAAGAUUCAGGGAGACGGGGUAACACGACGAUUAGAAAAUAAUUUGUGUGGGAAAUAAAUCAAAAAAUUUUAAAAAAAGAUUAUACAUAAUUGCGUUCCUGUCACGUUUAUUUUCUAAUAUUCUGUUAAUGUUAUUUAUUCCGUCACUUUUUACUCUCGAGAGUUUCAUUUUCCAAAAUAUUGUAAUGGUUAAUCAGAAGUACAAUAUUUCGGAAAAUAAGCUGUAGGCUUAUCAGUUUCUUUAGCCGUCGUUGAUUUUUCACAAAUUGUAUACAUCUUUCUUUCUCUUUUUUUUUUCUCAAUUUCCUCAAAGAAUCGCAGUGUAUUAUUGUAUAUAAUUUAUUCUAUUGCGGGUCACAUUUUGUCAGUUUUACGAGACGACCACGUCGUGGGCGGGUGUCUGGCGCACACAUUUUCGGUAUAUUGAACGCAAAUCGUGCGACGGGUCCAUCGCUCGAGUACCCUGUAAUAUUAUCAAUUGUUUUCCCGAGUCGUGCUAUAGCGCAUUAUCGCUGCGUUCCCAGUCUAUUUGUAUCGAAUAUAAGAGUAUAAAAUAGUGUCGCCGAUUAAAAAUUAUAUCGAGACGGUUAUCAUGGAGAUGACGUCGCGGCCCGAUCGACAAACCCGAUCGAGGUUUUUGCAUAAUAAUAUUGUAGUGUUACACGAGAGACGCGCGUCGCGUGUUUGGCGUCACUCUAUCCAUACACGUGGCGCCGUCACGCGACAAUCGCGACGGAGCGAUAGUCCGGAUGUUUAAUAAGUAAUGAGUCUAGAGAGCGGAUGUUUAUGCCCGAAAAAGUUGAAAAAUAUGCAUGCAACUGUGCACAUUGAAGUAUAGAAUUAUGCUUAGAAUUUUUGAUACGUUUAUUUGUAUCAAUAUGCUUACGCACUAAAAAAACGUCAAUCACCAUUUACCGAAGUACCUAUUACGCAACGUACAGUGUAAAACAAUUCUAUCGGUACUAAAAAAUUUAAUUUCAGAUAAAAAAGUGCAUAGUCGCGACGGUUUGGAGGUUCUCGGCGUUUUGAAAUCAAUAGCUAUAAAGCUUCAUAUUAUAUAGAAACUCACUUCGGACGAAAACGAAACGAGCGAAACGCGGAACACAAUACACAACCGAAAAAUCGACGUGAAAUUGAUGGCGACAAUUGUAUCGAGCAGUAUUAUUUGUCCAGUUUCUUCCAGAGAGUUUUCCCAGUUUUGGUAAAAAUAAUCGUUGCACAUUACGAAAAACGUCAGAUACGCACCCAAAGCAUGAUGCGUAUAAAAUUAUGAUCAAGCGAGUAAAAAUCGAACAAAUAUGGACAAAUAUGCAAAAUUUGAAUUCUUUGAUCGAUGAAACGAAUUUCCAUCCUGUUCCGCAUUAAUGUAGUUGUAAAAAAAAAUAUGAUGAAUGCAUAAACAUCCGUUCUUUAGUAAUAGCCAACAGGGUCUUGGACCGACCGCGUCCGUAAGUUCCAUCACAUGCCCGAUUAAUAUUGGGCGAUUCCAUCAACAUCGGGCGAUGCAAACCCGAAAAAAUUCAGAAACGUAUAGGUAGCCGUACGCAACCUCCCCGGUUCCCGCCCGGCGAUAUUUCCCAAUAUUCCCGAGAUACCUGUCGCAAUAAUGUUCGCGUAAUUUUACUAAAUACGCAGUGAAGUUUAAUUUCGUUUCCACCCGCCCGCCGCCGGGUGAGAAACUUAAACGUUAACACAUCGUGUAACUAAACGGAACCGAAAAACGACCGUUUCUCAAAUACCGUUUAAUCGUUCGGCCACUGAACACAAGUAUAGUAAUGAUAUUGUACAGGCACCUACUUAUCUGCACACGUGUGUUAACGAUCGAUUUACAAUAGCCGCCCAGAACAGAUCAUGUCCCGCCCGAAUAUACUUAAAACAGUUUGUACUGUACUUAAUUUUAUAAAUGUUAUCAUCACGAUUACAAUAAUCACGUACCGUUUGCAUAUGCGAUGCGAAUAUGUUCAUAGAUCCCUGCAGAUACGUGUAACAGUUUGUUAUUACAAUAAUCAAAGCUAGUAAAAAAAAAAAAAAAACAAACCAGUGUGUUUGAAAACAACUUUUAGUUACCUAAUAACUUGAUUAUUGCCUUUAACAAAACAAUUGUAACACUAAUUUUGUUAAUAUUUAAUUUGGGUAUUUCUAAAAUUUUAUUUACGAAUACUUUGUACAAAAACCGUGUAACUAUACCUAUGCGUUCCGUAUUUAUUAUUUUCGACAAAAAUUACAUAUUUUUACGUUUACGGACGUAGUAGGUAUUUUUUUUUUUUUUUUAAAAAAAAAAGAACUAACUUAAUGUUAAAUUAACAAUUUGUUACGUUUUCACUUGAUUUGUAGUUACACAAACCUAUCUAUUCAACUUUAACUUAGCUUAGUUAUAUUUCUUUUUUGGAUAGCUUAACUCAAACUAGUUAAACGCUAAUUAGUCAACGUAUCCGGUUUUUAAAAGGGCUGCAUAUUGUUCAGAAUUGUUCUAUUUUUGUUUUGACAUUAAAAAAUUAUAUUUACCGAAAAGUACGCAAUUGAUGUACGCGACCGUAUUGUGCGGAUUCGUACGUUUUAGUCGGAAUGAAUACGCGGUGAGAUGGAAUUACAAAACAAAAAAAAAAACUAAAAAUAAAAAAAAAAAAACGAACAAUACAAAAACGGCGUAGGCUUUGCACGUUAUGCCUCUGAACCGCACGUCAUAAUUAUUUGAAAAUUUACGAAAAAUUAACUUUUGAAUACAUUAACCGCGCUUAUGUAGAUUUUAACCAUGACGUGGUGACGGGUUUUUUUUUUCGAGUACUUAUUUAGAGUGCGUUCACCGUUUUUUUUUUUGUUUUUUUUUUUAGCCACGGCUGCGUUUUAAAAACAAAUUGAAUACCUAUACGUAUUGUUAAAUAUAUAUUUUGUUUUUAUCCCGGGGGUGCACGCAGGAAGUAUAAAACCACGGGAAUAAUAAUAUUACGGCCGCGAGCCUGUGAAUUAAACGCAUUAAAAACCCGUCGGAAAGGCAUUUACCUCUGCCCAUACACCACCAAAAUGCACUAAUGAAAUAUGUAUUUUUGAAAUUUAAAAAAAAAAAACCAUUCGUGAGCAGGCAGAACUUCGUCCUCAUUAGAUUCGAAUUUCCCGCUGACUAUUUUGCAUUAUGGAAAUAUUAUUUGUAAAACGAUAAAUAACCGGACGCUGUAUAGUAUACAAUAUUACAAUAGUUAUAAUUGCUUUCAAAAAUUAAAAACGUUGUGAAAUUCGACUGGGUGGGAGCGAGAGUGGAAAAUUGAAUCCCCCUCCCGUUAAAGGUACGUCCUUGAUAUUAUUAACGCCGUGCAUAUUAUUGAAAAUGUCAUCCCGCCUGGACGUUCCGGCUCCGAGUAUUAGGCAACUGCGAAUCGCACAGAAAAUAAUUGUCAAAUAUUAAAAUCUACGCCGUCACGCCGUCAAAAUCGAUUGUGUUGUUAUUUCGCACUCGUGCGUUAUCCAUGCUCAAGAUAAGAUUAUACUACACCGGUGUAUGGAAUUCGCGUUGGACGCACCGAUGUUGGCAAGUGAUAGCGGACGAUAAGUGUGCACGACCGUAGUCAGGUGGAUACUGUAGUUUACAACGGGAAUAAUUAAAGUUUACCUUGUAUUCUUAAGAAUAUUGGCGCGACAACCGGAUAAAUCCAAUACAACAGUAUCAUCAGGAAUCAGACCAUAAUCAUUAUUUGCUUCUAAAAUUUCCCUUUUUCAAGGCCACUGUAUGAAUAAACACAGAAAACCCCGGAACAUCAACAAGAGGGCAGAAAUACGAUUGAGAACGGUCAUUAUCGCAGAUACCUUCUUAUAGACUCUUUCGACUAUUGCGAUCGAGAACGCCCGUUUUUGAUAGUUCCACGCAACGUUGCCAAACAUGUAGUGAUCUGAAAAUUCAACCCAUCAAAAUUUAUUAUAUAUAUUUCUUGUAUUUCGUAUCGUAAUCGAGUUUAAUGGUUACCGAUUGAUUGUUGUUUGAGAUGGCCUAUUACUGAAUCCAUCAAUAAUGAUGAUCGAUAUAAAUGCAACGAUAACGAAUUGUUUGCAACGAAUAAUAAUAAAAUCAAAAUAUACGCAUUAGUGCGUCACUCAGUACGCGGUUUCCCGUAUUAUGCGUUUUAUGUGCGAAAUAUUUUACGUUAACAGUUAAAUAAAAUGGAAAAUAACCAAGACUUAUAUGCUCUGAACGUGGUGGAAAUUGAAUUGUUUUUAAACGCCCACAAAUACCGUUUUGUUAUACAUUUUGCAUAAGUUUUUCAUAAUUUAUUUACGAGUUUUAAUUUCAUAAUUUUUGUUCUCGGUAGUAAUGUUUUUUUUUUGUUUUUUUUUUGGGGGGGAGGUCAACGGCUAUUACAUUGUUUCAUUUCGAGCGUUCACAGUCGAACGCUAAAAAGUGCCGAACGUUCUCGAUCGCAUUGCAGCCAACGAUGGACGUAUAAUAGUUUGGCGAAGAAAACAAUCGCAUCCCCGCCAAGAUACGGUUUUCCGGCAACAAAUACGAAAACAGAUAAUGAAAAACAAAAUAGAUUGUAAUAUGAAACGAAAGCGCGCAGGGUAUCCCACAGCGCGAAAAACCGUUUCAAAACGUCCCAGGAGUAUAAGUCUUAAGUACCAGUGCGUUAACAGCCCGGUCAAAUAUUCCCCGGUCGUUUCGUGGGUGUUUUAUACGGGCGUGUACUUUUUGCGUUCCGGCACAAACGUAUCGGCCAGGCGAGGUGAGGCCUAUAAUUCCACACAAACAGUUACGGAAACCGUGACGGCGUUGUUACGGCGUGCGCUAUGAAUCGCGUCCGCGGCAGAUAGCCCGCGUGCAGUCGAUAUUUUUCGCGCGGCGGGAUAAUGAGGAUUUUUUUCCAUCCCGUUUUUCGUCGAACGCAAACGAGAUUCGGGAACAAUGCGUAACAGUAGUGGUCGGCAAUCGCCAUGUCGGAAACUUGAAAGACAGCGCCGAUGUACAGGUACUCGGAAGUAAAUUGCCGAAAAUGACGAUAUUGAAUUGCGCGUUCGCAGUGCCCGGCGCGCGAAACAACGGCGUGACGCGUACGUGGCUCGCUCUGUUGUUUUUCUCCGUGCCCCGCAAUAGUCAGCAGAAACCAACGCGAAACCCGGGCUCCGGCGACAACGAUGACACGCAUACGAACGUGUAACAAAAUCGAAUGCCGCCGAACGUCCGGCGCGUUUCAGGGUAGGCGUUUUUUACGCGCGCUCGAAAACGAAUUAUGAAAUCGUACGCUGUUGUCGGUGCUCGGUGCGAACCGAUUAAACGUUCGACGGGCGGGUACGCCGCAGCGGUCGGUUCGCUCGUUUUAGCGACGCGGGCGUGUUUCGGCGUCGGUGCGUUUCCAACACCGUUCAAAUGUGCACCGAAACGUUUUUGAAGUACCGCCGUUAUUGGCGAUAAUCGCGCGCCGAUUAUCAUCGCCUAAACAUCCUAUUCCACAAUGAUAAAAAAAAAAAAAAAACCAGAAAUCAUAUUUGCUUAAAAUUAUCCGAGAUAAAUACUGGUUCAUAGCAAAAAAAUCACCCUGUAUAAAAACAGAACCCAAAGGAGAACAAAAUAAUGAUUCAUUAGAACUACAUUGGUUUUCGUUUCUUAUUCUUUAUUUUUUUUAAAUUUAGAUUGUAGCGUAGAAUUGUUAAAGUUACUAUUUUUUUUUUUCUAAAUAUGUUUCGAUUUUUCCACGCGGUACGUUAUAAAAUGUGGAAUUUCUGCUCAAUGGUCAAUUUUAUCAAUUUUCCAAGAUUCCUCAAAGUUUUGCUAAUAAAUUUGAAAAAACUGAUUAGAAAUUACGAUACACGAAUUUUAUUUUUGUUGAUUUUUGUGUUACCUUGGCUUGGAGGGGAAACACGAGACUUGUUUUCUAUUAAUAAGUAAUGAUACCGCCAGCUGGUUUUCCGAGCUCCGUUCAAAAUCAUUUUUUUAUUGUUUUUAUUGAUUAUUGCGUUCUGCAGUACCUAUAUAAACUAAAUUACUUUUAUAUCGCAUAGCUUCCGAACUUAAUCCUCCUUGCCAGCAUAUUUUUAGUCAAUGUUCACGGUCAUAAAAAAAAAAAAGAACAGACAGAGCAAAAUAUCUCUCCCAUAACUUACCCAUCCUUUUAUCCCAGUGAGAAUAUUUCCUAUUGAAAUUAAAAUAUUUUAUUGCAAAACCGACUUAUUCGAUCGUUCACUAUUCAUUUUCUAGUGGUCACACGGGAACAAAAAUCUACUAGGCGUCCAAUGGAUUUUCGACUUACGUCCGCUUGGACACGGAAAACCCCGUUAAAAAAUGCCCUACCCCGUAAGCGUUUUUGAUUUCUAAACCUAAAUGAAACGUCUAUUCGAACACAAACAAAGGCUGCGCAGCAUCAUUUAAUCCUUUUGAAUAUCGUCCUCGCAGCGUAAUACACGUAUACAUACUUACUUAAAGUUUAUCUUUUAAACGAUCGCUUAAAUUUUUCUCCGCGUGUAUCUGCAGGGCGCGUUUAUAUAACGAAGCAGUAAUCGUUUUAGCGUGCAACUACGUUCGCAAAAGAUACACAAUAACGGAAUGUUACUUUAUUCCAUUAAACUUUUAUGAUGUUCGCCGUAAACAAUAAUGUAUAUUCGCUGCGUGUUAGCCGACUGCCAUAACGUAAUUCGAUACAAUAUAAAUAAAAUUUAACAGCGAACCGUCAGUGUAAACAUUUUCUUCUCCUUCGUAAUCUAUAUAAUAUAGUUUUAUUAUGUAUCUACUCUAAGAAAAAGAAAUCGAUAACCCCGCACGGUUCACAGACAGUGUACCGGUAUAAUAUUAUUAUCAUUACCGAUGCGAAACCGUAAUUUUUCGGUAGUGAUUUUUAUUCGGAACACCCUCCUAAAAACAAAACAAACAAAAUAAAUCUAAUGUUAAACCAUUGCAACAUCAAAAUACGAAUUUACAAGUGUAGCGAAAUUAAAUAGUUGUUUCGCUAAAUAUUUUGAUAUUGAAAUGUUCCGUCCCUUUUUGCAUUUUCUACGCUAUGUAUCAAUAUAGAAUAAAAUGUACGACUGCGAUAACAAUUUAAUAUUACUUAGAAACAAAUAGGAUAAUAUUGCUUUCAGCUAUAGCAUUAAAUAAUCGAAUUUAAUAACACCUACUGUAUUAUUUAGAAAUAAAGACAAUACUAUUUAACUUUUAAACUUUUCGGUCGUUAUUUGCGCGUCUCCGUGUCUGAAUUUAGCAUUUUUUUUUUUUUAUUGUACUUAUAUAGUAGUAUUGUAAUAUUGCAGUUAACUUUCUUUUUAUUAGGGACGGAAUUGGUAUAUACUUAUUUUUAAUCAGGGCGGAAUUGGUAUACAUACUUUUUUUAUCCUGGACAAAAUAUGGUAUAUAAGUUUUUUUCACCGGGAUGGAAUCGGUUUAAAAAAAGGAAAACAAACUACAAUAUGAUAAUGUUUUAUAUGGAGAGAUAAAACUUAUUCUUCAACGCGAUAUACUUUCGUUGUAUUUCUCUCGGCGCUUUCACGGCAUAAUACGUUAUUAUUUUUAAAUCGACGAACUUUUAAACGUUGCAUUCGUUUUAAUCGGAACAAUUUUAAACUCGAAAAUCACAUUUUCGGAGUUUCGGCAAUAUUGUGAAUUAUCGGCCGAAGCAAUGAUUUAGCUAAAAAAAAAAACAAUUUACGAUUUUUCGUGAAAAAUGUAUUCGUCGAAACCUGAACGAGAUUCAUGGUCACAUGUGGCCGGUCAUCUAUUCGAACUUCAGAAACAAAAACAUAAAUAAAUAAUUAAUAAUAAAACAAUCGCUAUCUAUCCGCGAAGACCGCGGCAGCCGACAGGGCGUAAAAUAUAUCUAUAAACAAAUAUCUGGUAAUGUGAAUAAUUGUGAUGAUUUUGUUGUUUUUUGAUCGACUAGUGCAGCGAAUAAUUUAUUUUGCCGGAGUGUAAUAGACGUGCUAAUAAUAUAAACACCGGUUGUUUAUUUUAAUUGCUGCAGUACGCGCGUUAAAAAUAUAUUUGAUCCAUUUUUUAUAUAACACACGAAAUCGUUAAAAAAAAAAAAAAUCUAAACGAUAUAAAGUUAUAAUGCUCGCGAAUAAAAAAAAAAAAAAAAGGAGAACACACUGUUGGUCCACCGAAAAAAACCGUCUAAAAGUCCGAAGAGACUGCAGCAGCGGCUGACACUCGCUGUACGAUAGCCGGUUUUCGCAACGUCUUCAAGAUUUUCAAAUAUUCCGCGCGGCCUCUGUUGAAUAAACCAGCACACGCACACGUACACACAUACACGCACACACACACACACACACACACACAGAUUAAGAUACACUAUUCGAUCCGAUAAUUGCACGUCGUAAGUACACAAAUUUCUUUUUUCCUGCCCGUUCGUCGUCGUUAAUGUGCGAUUUAGAAAUUAAUAUUUACUUCCGCCGCCCCGCCGUCGGUAUUUUCGACACGCGUAAUUUUAUUUAGCUCUAUGCCGGCAGUUACUUAAAGUUUUGUUUGUAAAUGAUAAGGCGGUAUGAACCUCACGUCUACACCUACAGUGUUUCUGUAGCUUCGGACCGCACGUCUCGACCAUUAAGAGGACGUGAUACCCGCACGUGCUGUCUCCGUCUUAAAAACGUACGAUAUAUUAUAGCUAAUUUAUGUUCAACAAGGCUUUGGGCUGUUGGUUUUAAUGUUAGUGUGAAAUCAGUCGUUUGAAUUAUCAAAUUUAAAGUUAAGAACAUUAUCUGAGUUGGCGCUAUUGUUUCGUUAUUAAGUUGCGAUAUUUCACAUAUUACUCGUACGUCUCUCUCUGAAAAAUUAAAAUAUCGAACAAAUAGAGCCGACGUUGCACAGAGAAUAUUCUUACUUUUAAGUUUGAUAAUAUCUUAAUUCGCUCUUAAAUGAAAUCUAACAGCACAAUGUUCUCCCGGCUAAACGAAAAUUUGUUAUGUCGUGCGUUUGUAAGACGAAGAUGCGGCCAUACGGGUGUCACGCGAGCUUAAGCCGGAUUGUAAUAAAUUUAAGCAAAUAUGCAAUUUAAAUAGCCGAUUUACUCGCUUCGAACUAUUUCGCUAAGCGUGGAAAAAUAUUUACUGGUCUUCGUAGUUUGAAGUGAGUCGAUUUGUGAGGCCAGUUGCUAAGCAAGGAACCUUACCUAUAGUUUAGUUGUAUGCCCGUAUUGUAUUUUAUCGUCAGACCUGCACAAAAAUAAAUUUCACAGACAAUACUCCAUACUUUCUUCAUAUUUGAAGUGUAUCAACGAAUAUUUUCGUCAUUAUAUUUACUAACUGUCCUGCGGCCGACGUUGCUCGUGUAAAUUUGUAUUAUUUUUUUACCUUUAUUCCUGCUUUGCUUUGCCCGUAUCAGUAUAUUGAACAGAAAUAAAAUAGUUAGAAGGUGGAUACUCCGCCUAAAAGUGUUCUAGUGUGUCAUACAUUUUUUCGUUCAUGUUACCAUAGAUACCCGCACAACACAGGUGUUGUACAUAGUGUAGUGUUUUUACUGUACCGAAAAAUACAAAGAUUCAAAGAUGACGUUUUUUCACGUUUCACUUACCCGUCCAGUACUGCGCAUAGUUUAUUGUUUUUUUUUUUUUAUCCAUGUUACCAAGGUAGCCCAUCCUAUUUCAAGCUAAUAAUAGCCCGGUGGACAGUCAGAUAGACCCAUUCAUUUUUAAGUUAUUAUAAUUGUUAUGGCAUUUUUAUUUCUGUUUAUUAUUAAUUUUGUUGUUUAACAUUUUUUUUCAUUUCAUCCGUGUUACUAAGGUAAUCCGUAAUUCAACGAAAAUAAUUUAAUUUUCGCACCAAAAAUACCUAAAAACAUGGUGAUCGCCUUCGAGUUUUAUUUUCACGACAAAAAGUAACCCAUGCUCCAAGAUUCCAUAUACCCAAAUAGAUCAAAAUGGUUUUACCGGUUAAGGCGUUAAAACGUAUGACAGACUGACUUACUUUCACGUGUACAAUAUUAAUGUAGUCAGGAUUAGGAUUAAAUCACAAAGUAUGCAAAAAAAAAAAAAAGCAGAAAAACUAGUAAAAAUUAUUCCCAUUUUUUUCUUCAAACCGUCGGGAGGAAAAUAAUCACUUUUGAAUCGCAUAUAUUUUGAACUCGUUAUAAAUUGACGUGUACCGUCGAGCCAACAUAAUAAUAAGCGAACGCUUCAAAGUCCCGUACCAUAAUAAUAUUCGCUGUAUUACAGGUGGACGAAGUGAUCGACGCCAUACAAGACGUCGAGCUAAGGGACAAAUUGCGAACGGUGUGCUUGACGGACGACAGAUGUUACAUGACGUUCGCCAACGCCGAGUGUUUGGAACGGGCACUACACUCGGCGUUCAGAAUCCGUGACGUUCCGGUGUUGCUGAUGGAUACGGGGGCGGGCGCCAUAAUCUUGUCGCUGACCGGCGUUCCGGACGUCGUGGCCGACAAGGACGUGCUGAAAUGUUUGAAAAAAUACGGCACGAUAAUCGGUAAUAAAAUUGAAAUAAAAAAAAAAAAAAAUUAUAAAACUUCCACCAAGGAUCAAAAUUAUAGCGGAGAAGUAUGAUGAACACAGAGUUAGAUGCUUUAUUUCAAAGUACUACUCCUAUAGUAUUAAAUGUAGUAGGCUUUGUGUGGAGGAGAAGACUACCUACAAUGGGUGGGAUAUUUUUUAGGAUUCAGAAUGAACUAAUAAAAACGGCGAUGAAACGGGUAGAUAAAAAAAAAAAUACAGCUUUUAAAAGUAAGGUAAAUUUUAAUAUACAAUAAGCGAUUCUACAAGCAUGCUCACCCCAUUCGUAUAAUUAAAUACUUAGAUUUUUUACAACAUUUAAGUAAUAUCCUAUGACGAUAAAAAUUUUGGUUUUUCAAACAUGUUUUAAUGCAAAUCGUCAAUCAGAUGAUUUUUCUAAAAAUGUUGACACAUUGUAUUGAAAUUUGAACGAAAAGUUUCUGAGUCAUUAUACUUAAAAUACUUUAUGGAUAAUAGCAUAAAAAUCGGAUUUUCGAUAACUGCAUUAUUAAAAACAAGAAAUUGCCAAUACACGACUGCUACGAAACGGUCCAUAUUCAAUCUCCAUAUAAGGCUAUUAUCCCUGGUAUUUAAAGCAGACAUUUUCAGAACAUUUUUGUUCAAAUUUCGGGUACGAUUUGUCAACAUUUCUAGAAAAUUAUCCGAUUGUCAAUUUGCAUUAAAACAUGUAGGUUCUGGUUUGAAAAACUAAAUUUGUUAUCGCCACAGAACACUUCUUAAUGUUGUGAAAAAUCUAAUCUAAGUAUGCGAAAUUAUCGUCUUUCAUUGCACUUAAAAAUUCCAAAACCUAGAACUUGAGUUUAUGCAUAAUUUAGCCAUGAAAAUAGAAUGAGUGUGCUUCAAAAAUCAUCUGUAUGAAAUAAUAUUAUUGCUUUAAUCCAAUAAUAUAGGUACAAUAUCAGUAACAAUGUGUUUUUUCAUCCAUAUUUCCGCUAUCGUUUUCGCGAUAAAAAUCUUCAUAUAACUGUACUCGACUGUACCCCAAUGCCAGGAUUAAUUCUAUAGAAAUUAUGAAAACAUUUGGUCUCCUUGAACCCAGAACGAGAUGGUAACAUGUAAUUAAAGAGGAUGUGAAUUCGCUUGAUGAAAAAGUAAUUGAUAGAAAAUAAUGGAACCAGAGAAGAAGAAUAACACAAAAAGGUCUGAUUUUCGGUGGAUAACUACUCGUGUUUAUACAAAGUUUGUUAUAAUAUUAUGCACGUGCCUAUAAUGUCCAUUUCAAAUUAUUAUUUACGUUCCACCAAAAAUAAUAUACACAAACAAAAACUACGGGAAAUUUCGACAAACAUCCGGAUACAACAUAAAACAUUUUUGAAAUGUUUCCAUCUCAAUUAGUAUUUAUACGGUCUUUUAGUUUCUAUAACCUUAUUAUGUGAUGGUAGCUACCUACACAUUUCCCAUACUAGUAUUCUGCUUCGUAUAUCCGAUUCGAUGUCUAUUUUUAUAGGUGUUUUGUUAACGUGCAAAAACUAUUUUACGUCAAAAUAUAUCAUCCGGUAGAGUUUCGUUUAGUACCUACACAUACAGAUACGCACGCGCGCACACACAUACACGCAUGCACACAUAAGCACUAGUUACAUUGAUGAUUGAAAGAAAAGAGACUGUGCUGUUGGCGAUGCGCUGAUGGUAGAAAAUAAUAUUGGUGAUGAGGUAUAGUUCGGUGUCUAAAAAUAUAAAUCGUUUGGGUGUACAUUUACAUUGCAUUUCCUAAUAUACCGCAAGUCUGACAAAAAUUUUACUAUCAUCAAAAUAAAAAUAAAUCAUUAUAUGUACCUAUACCUACCAAUCGUAGACUACAAUCUUCUUUAUUAACCAACAUAGGUAUUAGCUGCACAGUCGAAAAACUACUCAAACCACUCAUUAUGUAUUUCUAAACAAUAUUUCCAUUUAUUUCCAUUUCGAUGAAUAUUUAUAAUUUAUUUUUUUUUUCUUUAACAAUCAAACAUUUUAAUUCCGUUUGUGUUUUAAUGAUUUAUUUUUGUACACGAUAGUAUGCUGUAAUAGAUAUAAUCAUUAAUAAUUGUUUUCAUUUUAACGUAUCCAAAUAAACUACAAUGUAAACUACAUAAACGGUUUUUUUUAGAUGAAACGCAACUAUAGUUACAUUAUAUAAUAGCAAUACACACAUUAACAUAUAAAUAUUCUGCUACCUACUUUGCUACUUUGUGUACUUUUUAAGUAAAACCUUAAGUCAAAUUAAAAACAGUUAGGAGUUUCUAAAAUAAAAAUAUGAAGUAGAUUCCUCGGACCGAAAAAAAUAUGACGUUGGGGAUUGGAAGUUGAAAACAUAAAACACAGCUCUUACACGGGAAGUGGAGGAACAAUAUACAGCGAAUCGAGAAUAAUGAGAGCCCUAAAACACUCAGGAUUGAAGUGGGCCGUAUAUGUGUAAAUAUCGGAAGAAUCACUAUUGAAUAUAUAUAUAUAUUUAUAUAUAAAGAGGUACGCGAAACGGAUGGGAAGACUUUAUAGUCAAAAAUGAUCGGACAGAAGAAGGAAAGAUUUGGGAUGGCUAUGCUUGAUGAACGACGAAGAGGCAGGUGCAUGAGAGUAGGGACAUAUUGAAGUGUCCAUAGCAGUGGAUCUGAUAUUCAUAAAACGCCUUACAAAAUACAAUAAAUCUAAAAAUGUAAAAUUUUGAUUUAAUUAGAAAUACUGCGUAAUUUUUCUAUCCUGAAAUUCCUUCGACAGGAAUGUGUUAUUUCGAGGUACGGGGAAAUUCAUGAUACAUACUUUUAUUACUCGAAAAUAUAAGAACGGAACUUAUAAAUGCCGUAAAACAACAAUUAAAUAAUAUACAUAAAAGUCAAAAACCACACAUAAAACUACGAAAUAAAAACGGAAACUCUAACAAUAAACUCCGACGGAAUGUACCACCGAUAAUAUUAUUUUACUGCCGCCAUGCUUGUACUGCUACAACAGCAGAUGAUUACGUUUUUAUAAGUUUCAAAGCGAAAAUAUCGUCUAAUUAUUAUUUAUCGCGAAUUCUGCAAUAACGGCCCGAACCGGCAAGCCCAAUUCGGAAAUACUUACGAAAUCGUAUUGAGUUAUUGUAACAGAUGUAUUAUUUUCUCUGCCAAACUAUUUUUAGAUUCCGACCGAAGCGAAAUAGUUAUUAUAGUUUUACUAACAUGUUUUUUUUUUCUCAAUAAGUAAAAAUGGCGAAAACUCCGAAACUAUUUUACUGCGUAGGUGUAUUUAAAAAAGAUUUUCUGACCGGUGGUACUUUAUUUGGAAUACUUAUUUUUUCAAUGAAAAUAUGACGAUGGAUACCUUCAUUUGCAUUUUGAUAUGUUUUUUUUUUUUUAUCGAUUCCUUUCGGGCUUCCUUAGUUGCAAUAAGGAUACAAGAAUCAAAUAUAUAAUGAUAAUUCAAUAGCAAAAUGUAUUUUUCAUCGCAACCAACAUAAUGAUUUGUUGUUCAAUCGAACUCCACUCAGAAUCGUUUUUUACCAGCAAUUAUUUACCGUUACUAUCGGAUUCAAUAUAGGUACUAGUACAUUUUGAAGUACCCUAUAAUGUUAUUAAAGUAUAUACAUUCCCGUGAUUCCCAACAUUAUGCCACUCACAACACUGGCCUACCAAUUACCCUUACACAGGGCAUUUCUUAAUGAGAUUUUCUGUGUCCACAUGGGCACAAAAUAUUGUCUAUUAAACACCCAUUAAAGUAAGAUUUUGAUUUGACCAUUCUGCUCCUAGGGCUUUUUUAAGGGAGGAGAAAGUGGACGCACAGUGAAUAUUCAAUAUUGUAAAACAAUGUUAACAACUUACCGUAGCACUGGAAUCCCUAAACGAUAAAUUUGAUAGUAAAACUGUAUAAUGUCUGUAUAUUCUCUUUUCGAAUCGGAGUUUAAGAUUAUGGAUUGCCAUUUGAGAACGAGUUAUUCGAUUUGAUGUGUCUAUCUAUAUACACAAAACUUUGAAAUCGACAUCGUUGAACGAUUUAGUUAUUUUACAUAUGACCGAGAAAAAUCAAAACCAAUAAAUUUACUCGCAAUAUUCUCAAAUUUAUGACGAAAUAAGAACCACUCUGUACAUAUUAUUAUGAUAUCACGCUCGCGGGCUCGUUUCUACGAACUGUAUCGCUCGUCGAGCGUAAAAAUAGCUCUCGUUAUUUAUUUGUAUUUUUACACGCUGCACGUGCGCGCAGGUGGCGUGGAGAGAAAGACCGCCCGAGGAGGGGCCACCGGCGGCGAGCGUUACGUGCGCGUCCGGCUGACGCUUGGGGCGCCCAGGUACCUGUGGUUCGGGUCGGAAAAAGUGAUCGUCAGGCAGCUGACCGAACACGAGACGGGCACGAUGAACAGCAUCGCCCGGAGAAAGUCGUUCAGGUCUCAAAUCAAGCUCAACUUGAAAAUGGCCGACCCGUCCACCGCGUCUUCGUCCGCGUCCGCCAACGGAUCGCCGACCGGCUUCGGCGGCGGAGGUGCCGAGUCCACCAAAGACACCGGUGGGGGCGGCGGCGGUGGCGGUAGCGGCAGUGGCGACGGCAGUGGAGGAGGCGGCGGCGGCGGCGUCGGGUCUACUGUUGCGACCACCGCUGCCGUAUCUGUUCACAACGGAUUCAGGUAACGUAAAACGAUAUAUUUCAAGUGUAACUUAUUAUUAUUACCUAACCAACACGGGCGAUUUUGUGUAAAUACAUUUUAGGUUCUGAGCGCAGCGAUGGACGCAUUGGUUUUACUAUAGUGCGUGAUUUUUUUUUUCUUUUUAGAUUUUAAACACAGCGAGGAAUGUAUUGGUUCUGCGAGGACGUGUGCUUUGAUUUAUACGUAUUAUUUUCGUUUCGUGUUUGUGAACAACUUUUCUACCGGAAAUCUUUUUCGUUUCUUUUUUUCGUAGACUUUUGAAUCUAGUCGGUGCAGUGAAGAAGACUACUUCUUUGUAGGUUUCGUAAUUUUUCAGACAAAUCCAGGAAAAGAUGUUUAGGAAAAACGGACAAACUUAUGGCAAUCAAAGUUGCAUUAUUUUUUAUGUUUUCAAUUUCGCGUUUUUACCAGUGUAAUACUGUCUUAAAUUUCGAGUGCACCUAGUAAAACAAUUUUUUCUUGAAUUGAAGAGUACACGGAAAACACCAGAAAAGUCACUUUUUUCAAACUGAGAAAUAUGUGUUUUUAAUUUGAAAACGUAACAAUUUUUUUUUUACGAGGUAAAAUCUUCGGAUUAAGUUAAAUGUUUACUCUUAAAACGUAGUAACCACAAUACAAUAACAUCAUAUUAUAGCCUUGUGUCAACUCAACACUUGUCUGAUUAUAAAAUUACUUAUCUGUUUUAUUUAUCUUAGUAGCCCUUAUAUUGGCUUUUUCUGGAUAUAGUAAAAUAUUUGAAAUAUUCCGUCGAUUUUUGAACUAGGUAUUUAUUUUACAUUUUCGAUUUGUUUUAAUUGUGAUUUAGUUUUAUAUGGAUAAAAACGUUUAGCCUAAUUUGGCAGAAAUGCUUAACAAUUUUUAACACGAGUUUCAUCGUAAGUUGCAUUUGAUGGAAAAAUAUAAUUUUUUAGUACAAAAGGUUUGUUUUUUUUUUUUAUAAGUUUUUUUAAGUCUAAAUUUUGAUGAAAAACAUAAAUAACAUACCUUUUCAAAAUAUUCGCUCAAAAUCAUAUUUCGGUAGCAAUUAUUUUUUUUUGUUUGCAGAUAUAAAUUAAAUAACUUCUAUCUUCUCACCUUCCCACUUACUACAGUGCCACAAGGUACUCUUAUGAUCGUACAAAUAUAUUCUUACCUACAGUCAGCAUUACACCUACUUUGAUUUCGAAAAAAACGACCAAAAAUUUGAUACUUGGUAGUGAAAAAAAAAUUACUAUCGCAAAUUAAAAAUAAAAAUCAGACUUCUGACCAUUGCGAUUUGAGUUAGUAGUUGUAUAUUUUUGCAAAAUCAAUACGUUUAACUCAGUUUCACACAGAAUCGUAUAUUGUUUUUAUUGAUUUUUAGGGUUGUUUUAUUUUUAUUUUGAAUAACCUAUACACGUAUAACUCUUUAUACUAACCAGAAAUAUUCGUAUCUUUAUACUUAGAUUCCCAGAGAGCUCGAAAACGGCGACCGGGCCCCAGACGGGAGAACUUAAGACGGCCGCGUCAGCGGUGAUGGUGGCGGCCGCAUCGGCGAUGAAUUCCAAAUCGACUGGGUCGCUGAAACGAACCGGCAAACCGGGACCUUGCAACAACGACAGAGACGGAUGUCCGCCGAUAACCGCGGGCUCUGCGGAGUCACCACUCAGGGGACGCCGGAGAAUGUCGCUGAUGGGUUUUCGACGGGACACCAUAAAACAUCGGGGUGGAUCCGUGUCUCGCGGCGAGGACGCCGACAGUGACACGAGCACGAUUUGCCGUCGAAAAUUGAGCGCCACCGGUCACGAAGGUGCUGAAAAGGUUCCCUGGUGCGGUUGUUGGGGAAACGGGUGUCUGUAGUCAGUCAUGUAGCCUGGAUUUUUUUUGGGAGGGUCAAAAUAUGAAAUUUAUCAUCAACCACCAAUAAUUGUAGCACUGAUUUUUUGGUGAGAAGCUUAAAUUUCCGGGCAAACCCUAUAGAACCCCCCCCUCUGGCUACGUGCCUGUCCGUAAUCCCAAAUUGUUGUAUUUUUCGAGAAAAAAAAUAUCGUUUUGAAAACACCAGUAAUAAGUAUUUUUUUUACUUUUCAGUCCAAAGAAACGCAUAUAGAUUGUAAAUAUUUAACGCUAAUAAUAAGGAAUAUUAUGUAUUUUUGUUGUGAAUAACUGAUGUGAUAAAACAUUUUGAUAAUAGUAAUUUAUUAUUACAUAAUAUAAUAUUAUGAUGUACCUCUGUGUGUUCAACAGAGGGCAUUACGGUUUUAUCUUUUCUAUUUUCGUAUAAAAAUAAUAAGUUAAUUCGUUAAGGGAAAAAGUCUUCGAACCCAAGAGUGAAUUAUUUUAUUUGAUUUAAGAAGUUAGAACAUCAUUUUAAUGAAAUUAGGUUAGCACAGUGGCGUCAUUUGGGAGAAGUAAACAUGGUGUAUUUACUUCAGCCUUAUUAAUUCGACACUUUUAAAAAUUAUAAGAAAUGUCAUUUUUAAGAGCGUUGGCAAUAUCAAUAUUUGAAUAUCAUUAUUCUUAAUUAAUAAUAAUAAUAGAAAAGCUCAUAAAACAUAAGUUAUUUUUAAAUUAAAUUAAUUUUAAUAUUUAUAAUUGAAUUAAAUACAAUAUUUUCAAAUGAUGCAUGUAAUAUAUGAAUGAUCUGUGAAAAUGGAUUUUUUUAAUUCAGAUUCAAUUUACUUAAAACAAUUCGUUGAACAUUAAAAUAAGUAAAUACAAAUUGCGCAAUAUUAUGGCUAGAAUUUAUUAUAUGUGCUAAAAUCAUAUGUCUAAAAGAAAGUUGUAUAAAAACAUUAAUAUUUGUAAUAUAUUUCUAAUACACAAUAAGGUUCAUAAUGUUUACCCCGAAACAUUAAAAACAAUUUUAUUUUAACGACUUUGUCAGCGACAACAGCUACGAACGAUUUUUCUCGUCCCUUAAAAGAGUAAAAUAUUAUUUAAAGUGAAUUAUGGAAGACGAUAGAUCAUGUGAAUCAGGGAGAUCAAAGCUAAUCAGUAAGUGGUUGCCAUAUAGUGUAGCAAACACGAAAAUGGCGCCACUGGGCUACCAACGUAAAAACAUACAGUACUUCAAUUCAGCUUGCGAUUAUCGAAAUUGUUAUUAUAAUUCUUAUAAUUAUUUUUCUUUUCAUCUUCUAAAACGUCGUAUUAUAUAAAUGAAUAUUAAAUUAUAUUAUUUAUAACUUUUAUAAUACAAUUUAGUUUUUUUGUAUUUUUAUCCUAGUGAGAAAUUAAACAGUC